ACCACGUGAGGGCUGAACCUGGAAGGGCCUCCCUUCUGUGAGCGACCGCGCGGCGCGGCCAAUCAGCGAGGGCGAAUCCCCAGCCCUGGUCGGGAGGGGGAGGAGGACCUGGGCAUUCCAACAGCCGAGAGAAGUUGGCGGGCGGAGGGAGGGAGGGCAGCGCGGAGCUCGGAAGGGCCGCCGAGCGCGAGGGUUCGGCGGGGUCCGGUUCGGCAGGCGCGGCGGGGAGGGCAGGGGUAGGGGAGCAGCCGCGCCGAGGGAGGCGCCCUGAGCGGGCGACAUCACGAGUUCGAAUCCCGGGUGGGGCAGUUUGGGGUCGGGUGGGUGGAGCAAGGAAGGGGUUUUAUGGGGAACAGCUGAGAGCCGGGGGGGAGUGGGGGAUCCAGAAGUUAGCCCUGCCCUGAAAGAAAAAAAAGAACCCCCCCCCCGCCUUCCACAGGAACCCCAAAGGUGAGACAGGUUCUGGGCAGCUUAGGUAGAUCUGGGCUUGCAGAGUUCUGGAUUAGCAGAUUUGGGGAGCAGCUAGGUCAGGGGGUUGGGAGGCCCCUGAGAGUGCGAGCAAGUUGGAGGGGUUUUUUGGGGGGGUCAGGCUAGCUGUAAGUGGGCUUAGUCCCUUAAACUGGAAGGUGUUUCCAUUGCACUGGAGUUUGGCCGUGGUGUUUAGAUUUCCUGGCACCCCAUGGAAGAUUCAAUGGAGAGGAGCCCCCUCUUAGGAGGGGGCGACCACCGGGGGCCCCCCAGCUCCCCCAGCGCCAGCGCCUUCCGCGGCCGGCGCCUGGCAUGCGCCGCGGUGCUGCUGGCGGAGAUGCUGGAGCGAGUGGCGUUCUACGGCAUCACCUCGAACCUGGUGCUUUUCCUCAACGGGGUGCCCUACAACUGGGAGGGCACCCAAGCCAGCCAGGCCUUGCUGCUCUUUAUGGGCGUCACCUACCUGGUGUCGCCCUUCGGGGGCUGGUUGGCGGACGCCCUGCUGGGCAAGUUCCCCACCAUCCUUUUCAGCAUGGCGGUCUACUUGCUGGGCAUGCUGGUCUUCCCUGCCAUGGCUUACUCCACCACCCGCCAGUGGCUCUGCGGCGAGAUGCCCCUGCGGAUCGUAGAGAACUGCUCUGUGCCCGUGUCGCCCAACAUCACCCACACCCCAUGCCAGCUGCAAGGGGCUAACCGCUAUUGCCUGGUGGCCAGCUUCGUGGGACUGGUUCUCGUGGGAGUCAGCGUGGGCUCCGUCAAGGCCAACAUCACGCCUUUCGGAGCCGACCAGGUCCAGUAUUUUUAAUUUACCUUUUUUUUCGUUUCCAAGAGAUUUGCACUGCAUGCCGCAAGGCUGCAAAUAAUAAUAAUGCCGUUUCCUGGAGAAUAAAGCAGUUCAGUAUUUCACUCAAGAGCGACUGUUUUAAGAUGUUUAGAUAAAUAAAAAUAAUUUAUUAAAAAUAAUUAAGGUGGAAAAGCAGAUUAAGACACCUCUAUGUGUCUGAACAAAGCGGUUAUAUCAGACACCAAAAAAUUGUGGUACAGAAAAGGAGCUUGCUUGACGUCAAUAGGCAGGGAGUUCCGAAGUGUGGGUGCUGUCAUUUUUUACCUUUUUAAAAAAAUGUGUAAUGAGUAUUAUGGGGCACCUGUAACAACCCAGAUUUGCAGAUGGAAGUGAUCAAAUGGGUAUUUGUGAGGCGAGGCUAUCUGCCAAGGAAGCUGGUCUUUGCUGUUGAUAAGGAAGCCACACUUUGCUAUGGGGAAGAUGGAUGAAACGUGGCCCUCCGAAACUUGCUUCAGGCCCUCCCCAGCCACAUCUGUUAUUGGCCCUGCUCCAUUCAUGUUUUUGCCUGGAGUUGGAAUGUGGCCCCUGAACUCUGAUCACACCUCUUGCUUGUUUGGAUAGAUGAUAAGAGUGUAUGCAGGAAGUCACUUAUUGUAUGGACAUUUGUUGCUCUGGUCAUCUUCUGCACUGGCAUCAGAAGAUACUGUGACGCGUUGGGGUGAAAAAGGUCCCCCACUUGCGCCUUGUGGUGAGGUCAUAUCUGUUGUCACCAGCAAAGCACAGAUGAGCAAGAAGAUGGAGCAAGUUCCCUUGUGAGCAGAGGUUGUAGCAUUUUGGACUUUUCUGUGUAGAGAAAGGGCAAGAAAGAUGCGUACAAGUUUAUAAAGUUAUACGUGGUGUGCAGAAAGUGCAAAGAAGAAAGUAGCCACAAUGACGAUGUUCUGCUUCCAGUGUCAGAAGUAUCUGAAUGGCAGUUGCAGGAGGGGAGAGGGUCUUGCGUUCAUGUUGAACAGGCUUCCUCAAACUCGGCCCUCCAGAUGUUUUUGGCCUACAGCUCCCAUGAUCCCUAGCUAGCAGGACCAGUGGUCAGGGAGGAUGGGAACUGUAGUCUCAAAACAUCUGGAGGGCCAAGUUUGAGGAAGCCUGAUGUUGAACUCGCAGGCUUCUCAGAAGCAUCUGGUUGGCCACUGGGAGAACAGGAUUCUGAGCUAGGUGGGUCACUGGCCUGAUCUAGCAAGGUUCGUCUUUUGUUCUUACGUUAGAUGGAUUUCCUGACUCGAUAUUGCUGAUGGUGUAUGUAUGGAUCUGGCUUCUGUUGACCCAUGUCAUUAGUUCGGCUAUCCCAGGGCUGCCAGUUCCACCUUGCUGUCACUUUUCCAGGUCUCGUGGGAAAGACCAUAGACCAGCCCUUUACGUGCAAAAAGCUCCAGGUUCAGUCCCUGGCAUCUCAGGGUACGAGGAUUUUUCAAGCUUUCAGGAAUGUGCUAAUCCUCCUAAUCUUGAAAACUUGAUGCAAAAUGUUGUCAUCUAUUUGAUAAUAUUAGAAUAUGUAUUGUUGGCAUCCCUCAGCCUCAAGAGACAAUGGAGUGUGCCACCGGAGUCAAACCGCUGGAAGGAGGAGUACAAGGCGCCAUCCAACCAACUUAGGGACUUCACUCCGGAUUUGUGUUGUGUUUACUCCUUAGCCUGUUCUUCUUCUGAUGAUGACCAGAGUUUUCCUUCCCCUACAUGGGCUUCCUUCCCAGGUAGAUGAGCCCCACCUGCCCCUCACUUCCCUUUACAGCACAUGCAGAAACUGCCUUCUUUGACCUUUGGACCUGCUGUUGGUCUUGUCUGCUCAAUCCCCAAAGUCACCAAGAGGUUUGAGACCCAUCGACUCCCCUCUGCUGGUUUAGCUGGCCAGUUGAAGCUGUUCCCGGGGUUCCUGAGCUUGCUCUAUCCUCUAUGUAACAACCCUUUACAGUGGUACCUUGGGAUGGGAUAAGAACUUAAUUCUUUCUGGAGGUCUGUUCUUAACCUGAAACCAUUCUUAACCUGAGGUACCACUUUAGCUAAUGGGGCCUCCCACUGCUGCGCAAUUUCUGUUCUCAUCCUGAAGCAAAGUUCUUAACCCGAGGUACUAUUUCUGGGUUAGCGGAGUCUGUAACCUGAACAUAGCUGUCAACUUUCAGAUUUGAAAAUAAGGGAUCAGCAGCCUCGAAAAUAAGGGAUCAACAGCCUCACUUGUUCCGGGGACAGUCUACUGGAUAUCUAACAAUCCGGGGUAGCAGCGGGAAACGGCGCUGGAAUAAGGGAAUUUCCCGCCAAAAAAAGGGAAGGUUGACAGCUAUGAACCUGAAGCAUCUGUAACCUGAAGCAUCUGUAACCCAAGGUACCACUGUACAGUCAUACCUCAGGUUACAGAUGCUUCAGGUUGUGUGUUUUCGGAUUACGGACCUGCCGAAACCCGAAAGUACCGGAACAAGUUACGAAGCGCUGAAUCUCAACCCGUGCAUGCACAGACAUGACACUGUGGGUUGCGAACGCUGCAGGUUGUGAACGUGCCUCCUGCACGGAUCACGUUCACAACCCGAGCGUCCACUGUAGUUAUUUGAAGAUGGCUCUCAGUCUCCUCUUCUCCAGGUUGAACAUAGCCAACUCCUCAAUAGGCUUGGCUUGCAGACCCUUAGUCAUCUUGGUUGCCCUCCUCUGUCUGUACACGGUCCAACUUGUCCCUAUCCUUUUUAAACUGCAGUACCCAGAACAGGACACAGCACUCCAAGUGGGGUCUGACUAAGGCAGACUAGAGCAGGACUGUUAAUUCCCUUGAUCAGGACAUUAGACUUCUGUUGAUGCAGCCUAGAACAACAUUAGCUUUUUUGGCUGCUGCAUCACACUGUUGACUCAUUUGAAGCCUGGGAUCUACUCAGACCCCAGAUCCUUUUCACGUGUCCUUCUGGCAGUGAGCCAUGACCCACAUUGUUCAAGAAAUGCAAGUCUAAACCAGGGCUUGCUAAUGUGGUGGACUCAGGAUGUUGUGGACUUCAGCAGGUCAGAAUAGGAGUUGUAGCCCCAAACAUAGAUGGCACCAGGUUAGGAGAGGCACAUGGAAUUAAUCCCUAUGGUCUUUGGCUCCACAUGACAUUCACUCAACACUUCAAGUGGAAUUUCCUUUGCAUAACCAGCUUGUGUGUGUGUGUGUGUACAUGUACACACAUCAGCUUCAAAGACAUAGGUAUUUUCUUCCUGUUUGGGAAAAGGCUCUGUGCAUUAAAAAAAAAACCCCAUCAUGCUCUUUCACCAGCAGAAUCUGUGAGCAGAAAUGUCAGUGGUUGCGUAUGUCUUGCAACACACACAACAAAGGACACAAAGCCUUUGUUCUACGAACUCAUGUUUGCAACGAUAGGAGGAAGUUUUUGAUUUGCGCAGAACUCCUCAGACCGGCGUGAUUGAAAGGGAGGCAGGGAAAGAAAAGGAAGAUGACAUGCUCCAAAUAAUCUUGAUUGAAUAAUACGGUGCAUACUGAGCACAUAACAGUUCAAACAAAAGAAUGCUAGCUGGAUUAUAAACCGGGUGGCUUUCGAGAAUCCCCAAGGGAGGGAAGUGGGACUUAAGCAGGAAGCAAACAGGAAAUAGUUUAAUGAAGGAGUGGAUAGUUAAUAGGAUAAUAAACUAUUGGAUAUUAACCUGUUUCUUCUACCCCAUUGUUUUCUACUCUUUGCUGCCCAAUUGCCUAGGGUUUUCCUCUUGCUGCAUUGGACUCUCAAGAGAUAAAGAUGAGAAAUGUUUUGGGUUUUUUACAAGGGAAAGGACAGGGUGAGUGAGGUCUGUCUUUCAUCCAACUGAACAUGCAGUCUUUCCUAUGAAGGAAGGUGCAGUGUGAACUGCACCGUUUGACCCAGAUUUAAAACAAAGCUGCCCCAUCACAAAUGAAGUACAGUAAUUUGUUCAGGGGAAGUAGCCUUCGAAUCAUGUCCACGGAAACCCUACGCAUAAGAGGACAACAAAGAACACAGGAACUUGAUGGCUCAGACUAAAGGCCCGUCUGAUCUAGCAAAAGCAUUCUUUGCUUGCAUUUCUGCACAUGUUUGCCUAGGAGCAAGUUAACUCUCAAUUUGAGGUGGCUUAUUUUUUUGCUAGACAUGCAAAAGAUUGGGCAGUGAGCACAUAAUCACAUCUUGCAUCAGCGAAGGCCAUGCUGGAAGGUGUGCAGAUGGAUCAGGCUUGUUUUCUGCUGCUCCAGAGGGUAGGACCUGGACCAAUGGAUUCAAAUUAUAAGAAAGGCAAAUUCCAACAAGACAUUGGGAAGAACUAUCUGUUGGUAAGAGCUGUUGGAUGGUGGAACUGACGCCCUCAAGCUGGUGGACCCUCUUUCACUGGAGAUUUUUAAGCAGAUGUUGGAUGGCCACCUGCCACGACUGCUUUAGUUGAGAUUCCUGCAUUGCAGGGGGUUGUACUAGAUGACCCCAGGAACCCCUUCCAACUCCUCCGUUCUAUGACUCUAUGGUAUAGCACCUACUUUUUUUAAAAAAUAAAUAAAUUAUUAUUAAUUUCAACAUAACAUUGUAUCAAAAAACAUAUCAUCCUUAAAUAUCCCCCCUAUUUUUUCCCUUCCUCCUCCCCCCAAAAUAGCCCACCCUCCCCUCCCCCCAGACUUCCUCAGUUCCUCUCUCUGGUUUAUCAACAUAUGUUAUUUUCUGCAUGUUACAAAACUGUACAGAUCCUUAACUUAUCUAUCUAGAUGUUAUCAAUAAGAAGUCUAUGAAUGUUUAUUCAAAACCUGCCAAGGAGUCCAGUUCAUUUUGUUGUUUCUUUAAAUACUUUGUAAAGGGUUCCCAUUCAUCUUUAAAAUCACAGUUAUCCUUGUCAUGUAGUUUGUGUGUCAGUUUUGCCAAUUCUGCGUAGUCCAUCAAUUUCUCUUCCCACAGUUCUUUGGUUGGGAUUUCCUUGUUCUUCCAUCCUUGUGCUAUUAAGACUCUUGCCGCCGUUGUCCGCAUACAUAAAGAUAUUUUUCAGUUUCCUUAGCAGGUCUUUUCCUACAAUCCCUAACAAAACUGCUUCAGGUUUUUUGACAAAUGUUAGUUGGAACAUUUUCUUCAACUCAUUAUAUAUCAUUUCCCAAUUUUUUUUUUAUUUUACUACAGUCCCACCACAUAUGAGGUAUAGCACCUACUUUGCAUUCAGAAGGUCCCAGGUUCAGUUCCCAGCAGCUCCAGGUAGGGGUGGGAACACCUUCUGUAGAAAGCCGUAGAGAGCUGCUGUCCAUGUUUGUGGACAGUACUGAGCUAGAUAAGCCCGUCACCUUUUUAGUAUAAUGUGCCUUCCUCCGAUUUCAUACCAUGUGGCAUAAUGCUAUUGGGACAUCAGUGUUGUGGCUGAUACAUGGUGUGUAAGUAUGUGUGUGUGGGUUGGGUCCCUCUCUCAUCAGGCAUUUUAUUCCUGUGAUGGAAUUCUGCCCAUCAAAUGCCCAUACGGUACCUUGAGUCUCACAAAUUAGAUCAUUGCCCUUCCAUCUUGGAACAGUCAAAAGUUGUUUUGUUUUGUGUGUGUGUCCAGAAUAGUUUAUUGCUCUGACAUAGCUCUGGCCCCCGAGCCCUGAAUACCACUUGUUAAUCAAUGAGGCAUAGUAACUUCCACUACAGUUUUGACCUGUGAAAGGUUUUUGAAAACCCCAUCUGUUCCCAGAAGAUGGGUGCUUGUGUCAAGAGAGAAAUAAUGCCAGUGCUUUAAUCAGAAUUUCAAAAUGGUGGAUUCACCAUUAUUACUGGAGUGCACCAUGGAGAAUUUAGGGCGUAAUUUUCAUAUACCUUUCCUUUCCCUGCCUUGUUUCAUGAAAACCCAGCACUGUGGUUUGAUUUGUUCAAAAUGGUCUUCUCCACCUCCCAGGAGCAACCAAAUGUAUUUCCAUUGAUGACUCUUCCUUGGAAUAAAGACUUGAGUUCCUGCAAGGCUGAUUUGUUGGUAGCUGUGCAAGGAUCACCUUGAAUCUCUUCCAAGCAAAGCCUAGACCUGCCUUUCCCAAACUGGUGUCCUCCAGAUGUUGGGGGACUCCAACUUCCAUCUGGAGGACCUCUGGGAAAGGCUGGCCGAGAGGGAAUCUUCCAUUGUCAUCCUGCAUUAUUGCAAUCCCAGGAAUUGAGGGAUCAGUAUGUGAUUGCAGAAGUUCCUUUGUGUGCUUGUCAUUUUGAGACUAGUUUAAAAACUGCCCUAUAUAUACACACACACACACACACACACCGUAUUUUUCGCUCCAUAAGACGCACAUGACCAUGAGACACACUUAGCUUUUAGAGGAGGAAAACAAGAAAAAAAUAUUCUGAACAAAACAGUGGAUGUAUGAUUUUUGUGGUUCAUGCUGUGGCCUCAGACAUGUGUUCAGAUGGUGAAUUUGCAUUGACCCAAUGCAAAAAUCCUGAGGAUCCAUGUGGAUCCGUGCUUUGUAACCACAUUUUUGCAGCAUUGCAGCCCCAGGAAACAGUGGAUGCAUGAUUUUUUUUGGUGCAGGCUGUAGCCAUGGACAUGCUAUGUGAUCUGAUGGUGAAUUUGGGGUGACCCAAUGCAAAAAUCCUGAGGAUCCAUGGGCUUUUACCUCCCCCUCCCAGGCAGCCUCCUUUAUCUCUAGCAUCCCUUAUCUCUCUCCCCGAUCUGCAAAGAAUCAGCGGCUUUGUUUGAACACCCCCUUCCCUCUUUCAAAAAAAAAAAAAAAAAAAGCAUUAUCUGCUUUUUGUCCCUGGGCAAUUUGGCUCCAGGGACCAUGCAUUCACUCCAUAAGGCACACAGACAUUUCCCCUUACUUUUUAGGAAGAAAAAUGUGCAUCUUAUGGAGUGAAAAAAAUGGUGUGUGUAUAUAGUAUGCACAUUUUUUUUUGAACUUCUUCAUUGGGAACAGUAUGCUGAUUCAGGUGUGCUUUUCAGAAUGGGACAUGGCUGGACGUAGGUUCCCCAUCUCUGAUCUAGUAGUAGUUGUUGUUGUUAUUCCCCACCUUUUCUCCUGACAGGGACUCAAGGCAGAUUACAGGUGAAUAAGAACCGCUAAAUGAGGGUCUUUCCCCAUCAAUUCCUACAUGAUCUGUUGUUGUAUUUAGUCAGAAAUGCCAGAGAUUGAACCUGGAGCCUUGUGCAUUCGACACACGUGCUCUGCCACUGAAUUACGGUCCCCCGUACACACACUUCUUAGUUUCAACCAUAAAUCACACUUUAAGGACCUGACUUCUCUAUUUCCAUCGUUGCUGUGCGUGUUUCAUUUCUUUAAUUCUACUUCCUAACCCUGUUGGUUAAUCGAUUGGGUGCUCCCUGGAGUUUCCGGGAUAGAUGUGCGACGAACUGCUAAAUCUUUUCAACAUCGUUCAAGUGCCAUUUUAUAUGUGCGCAACACUGUUGGGUUAUAAAAAAAAUAAAUAAACUUAAUUUCGCUCUCAUAAAUUAACUAAUUUGGAUUUAUGUGAUUAUGUGGGGAAACCCAGCCAGAUGGGCGGGGUAUAAAUAAAUAAGUUAUUAUUAUUAUUAUUAUUAUUAUUAUUAUUUAUUUAUUUAUUUAUUUAUUUAUUAUAGCAUAAGCCUCCCACCCUUCCCUCUGAAGGUCACUUUAACUGUCAGGUCUUCCAGCAAAGUAUCCUGGGAUUUGUAGCUUCUGAGACUUGUGAAUUCUGUGGUGGCUCUUUUCCCUUCUCAUCGAACUACAGUUCCCAGAAUCUUCUAGGAAGAAGGAAUGACUUACAACUAGUGUGGAUAUUACAGAGUUCUCCACUGCCCCUCCAACAUAAUUCAGAUACCUAACCACAGUAUGACUUAGGGUUUUUGAAAAUAUUUUAGUGUAGUUUUCUGAUGCUGGAAAUGUGUGUGCAAGCACAUAAGAUAAAAAUAAAGAAAAGGCACUAUAAAUAUGUAAAAAAAAACACAAAAAACUAAUACAGAAUGUAAAGCGAAAACAGUGUGGAGCAUCUGACAAUCUGGCCUGUUAAAAUGCUUCUUUCUUUGCCGGCUUGAGAUUUGAACCCAGGUUUCCUGGACACAAAAAUCACUGCUUUUACCUGACAAGCGGCAGGACAAAUUGUACAUUAGUCAUGGCGUCCGUGGGGCGUGUUACAUAAAAUAAAUAUAUGCAAACAUCUCCACCUGCCUACAUUUCCAGGAAUGUGUCCUGAUGUGAAGGGUUGACUCAGAUAAAGAGCUUCGUUCUCAAAAAAUAGGCUUGGGACUGUGAGGUCCUCUUCAUCGCCUGCUUCCCUUUUUUGAGCAGCAUUGCACUCUGUCCAUUUCCUGUUCUUCUGUUUAACACAUUUUGAUUCCCCCCCCCCCCCCGCCAAUCUCUUGCAAUUCUGAAUUUAGCCCAUUCGCCUGUGAGGAAGCGAAACUGUCCUUAAAAGACAAAACAUGCCAGUCUGAAUGUGCAGCUUCAGCCAAUCAGGCGGUUCUUCAGCACCGCUGAAAUGAAUGGGGAACGGUGGCUGCACCCAUCUCGUUAUUAAUUGUUGUUGUUUAGUCGUUUAGUCGUGUCCGACUCUUCGUGACCCCAUGGACCAGAGCACGCCAGGCACUCCUGUCUUCCACUGCCUUCCACAGUUUGGUCAAACUCAUGCUGGUAGCUUCGAGAACACUGUCCAACCAUCUCGUCCUCUGUCGUCCCCUUCUCCUUGUGCCCUCCAUCUUUCCCAACAUCAGGGUCUUUUCCAGGGAGUCUUCUCUUCUCAUGAGGUGGCCAAAGUAUUGGAGCCUCAGCUUCAGGAUCAGUCCUUCCAGUGAGCACUCAGGGCUGAUUUCCUUAAGAAUGGAUAGGUUUGACCUUCUUGCAGUCCAUGGGACUCUCAAGAGUCUCCUCCAGUGCCAUAAUUCAUCAAUUUGUUACUAAUUAGUUCAUCAUUAUUAUUAUUUAUGUGAAGACUAAUAGUGGGCCCAACUGUCUUGAACAUGGGUAGGCAAACUAAGGCCCGGGGGCCGGAUCCGGCCCAAUCGCCUUCUCAAUCUGGCCCGCAGAUGGUCUGGGAAUCAGCGUGUUUUUACAUGAGUAGAAUGUGUCCUUUUAUUUAAAAUGCAUUUCUGGGUUAUUUGUGGGGCCUGCCUGGUGUUUUCACAUGAGUAGAAUGUGUGCUUUUAUUUAAAAUGCAUCUCUGGGUUAUUUGUGGGGCAUAGGAAUUCGUUCAUUAGUUUUUUCAAAACAUAGUCCAGCCCCCCACAAGGUCUGAGGGGCAGUGGACCGGCCCCCUGCUGAAAAAGUUUGCUGACCCCUGGCCAUGAAAGAGGUUUCUGCAUGUGCCAUAGAGGGGACAGAGGGGGCUCAUUCAUGGUGUGUGUGUGAUUGGGUGGUCAUUUUUAUUUUGAUUAUAUAUUUCAUGGUUUUAUAUUUUGAUUUUUUUCUGUGAACUGCCCUGAGACCUCCAGGUAUAGGGCGGUAUAUAAAUUCAAUAAAUCAUCAUCACCAACAUCCACCUGGGAAAGUUACCCAUCUAGGAGAAGGAAAAUGGAUCCUAAACCUCUGCUGCCCUGUGGAAUAAUUUCAGGACAAGAAAAGGCUAAGGAGGAAACCCUACAUAAAAUUAAACUGUUGCAGUGAAUAAUGCUAACUUUUGUGUGAAACGGGCUGAGCGCAAUUUAGUUCUGGAACUUUAAACAAAUUCCUGCACCCAGAACAUGCUCAGAGCCAUUCUGUGAGAGGUAAACUACAUCACCCAGAAUCCUUUGAGGGGUGGGGGAUGUGCUCUAAAGAUUUAGUGUGUACACUGCCUAACUUUUAACCGCUCGCCUGCACUGCUGUUGCUCAUCUUCUCAGUAAGGAGUCUCAGAACAAAGUUUGAAAAGCACUGCUUUAAAAAUGCAGCUUGCACCUUCUCUAUUUCCUUCCCUUUCUCCUGUCCACCAUAAUUUUGUAACCCAAUUCAUUGGAACCAAUGAGUGGGGGAAACUGGGUGUAAGCACCCGGGUGACACAGGACUCUUCUUCCAUGAAUGUUGUUAAAUGCAUAAAUAAACAACAACUGUGUUACUAAGCAAUGGCGUCUACCCAGCAACCAUCCCGGGUUUGCUUUUCACCCAGCCUCCUUGGCACGGGUGCCAAGCUGGAGGAAACGGGACACUUUAAUUCGAUUAAAAGCAAGUCAUGCUUGUUAUGGAGCGUGGCCUGGGAUUAAUAUCAUGUUGCUCUGCUAAAGGCAAGUAUUGCAUAACUGGAAAAGCUUGAAGGUUUGAGCAAAAUAGAUCCCCAGCGAUGAUUCAGCAGGAAGAUCGUUCUGAAUUCUGCAUUUCAUUUCAUUUUUUUUUCCUUGCUGAGAUGGAAACUCAGGAAAUUUAGCAACUGGUGCAGUGACUGGGCAUAAGAACUUCAGUUAGUCAUCAGUUCCAAGCAUACAUCUCUGGCAUCUUGGACUCUCUCUGUGUGUGUCUAUCCCUGUAACAAAUGUUCUCUUAAGGGGUGAUUCAUCCUAAACAGAGAUGGCCUGUGAGUCUCAGACAUAUUUUGGGCAUGUGCUGAGUAGAAGAAUGCAGUGCAAAGGCGCAUUAGCAAAGUAUCUUCAGCUGCCAUUAUUAUUAUUUAUUAUAUUCCAUCAUAAUUUCUAUUUAUUACCCUCUUCUCCAUUAUAACGUCUGGGGCAAGGAGGUUCCAGGAAUUUUGAAAGGAUGCUAACAAGCUGGAACUUGCUUCGAGGGUGGUGGGUGACCAAGAUGAUGAAGGGGUCUGGAAAUCAAGCCUUUUGUGGAUUGGAUGAGGGAGUUCGGUAGGCUUGCUGUGAAGAAGCCCAAGAGGUGAUAUGAGAGCCAUCUUCAAACAUAAGAGCUGUUUGACAGUAGAAUGGAUCACCUCCAAAGAUGCUCCUUCGUGCAUGGGGCCUCUUUUCACACCAGCCAAACUUCAGCUGGUGAAGUGGUGAGGCCACUGGCCAGUGUGUUUGCGCAUGGACCAGCCACUGGGGUUGUUGGAAGUGCCGGGGGGGCACCGCACAGCCCCCAGAUCGAGACAAACCUCUCCGGGCGUCUUCCUCUGGAAUGCAGCACGGGACGGUCAUAACUCUUCAGUCCCGUUGAGCAGCAGCGACACAUAACCGAAAAUAUGUGCACUCUCAAAGAGCAGAGUAAAGCUGGAAGCUGAGGCUAUGAGGUGUGGCAUUUAAGUAAUUUAUUAAGCAAUACAGCAGUACCUCUGGUUGCGAACGGGAUCCGUUCCGGAGAUCCGUUCACAACCUGAGCAGAAUGCAACCUGCGUCUGCACAUGGCGGGUCACGAUUCGCCGCUUUUGCGCAUGCCGUGAUGUCAUUUUGAUCAUCUGCACAUGUGUGAGCAGCGAAACCCAGAAGUAACCCGUUCCGUUACUUCUGGGUUGCCAUGGGACGCAACCUGAAAAUGCUCAACCUGAAGCGUCUUUAACCCGAGGUAUGACUGUAUCACAUAUGUGAGAGGCGUCCUCUCACAUCUUCUCCAAAAGAGAGAGAAAAAGUAAAAAAGACAAAAGUACAAUACAACGGAAGAGAUAGCACUGGCUUCUGUUUCCCACACUUUCCAAGCAUGGAAUGUAAACACAGACAUGUGAUGUGACAAUCACACAUCCAGCAACGGGAGAGAAGGGUGGGUGACUCAGGGUGUGAAGCCCCAUGUAGCUCUCAUGCUUCGUUUCUGCAUAUGGGGGGUAUUCAUCUGAACUCCUGUUAAGAGAUCCACCUUCAUAAGCCAGCCAGCAGGGUGCAUCCAUUGGAUAGCCAAGUCAUAUUCCAGACAGCAGGCAGUGCAGACCCCUCACAACAUGGAUUUGGGGAGGGGUGGGUGAGAUGCCCAGCUAGCACGGUUUUUGCAAAGAUACGGCUGCUUUAAGCGCACGCAGGUCUGAGCCUCGUUUCAGCUGUGAAAUGUUGGGAGAUUUACGGCAGCGCUAUAAACUCUGGUCAGCAGGGAACUAUAUUUUGCAUCUCUCAGUUCCUCCUCGCGGGGAGUUGCUGCACAGCUGCUCCUCAGUGGCUUCCCGGAAUCGCUGCGGUCUUACUUUCGCCGAGGUGGCAGAAACAAAGGGUGGUAGAGCACCUGCAUGCAGAAGGUCCCAGUUCAUUCCCUGCCACCCCCAGGUUUAGGAGGGGAGAGAGACUCCGGUCUGAAACCCUGCAAAAUCACUGCCGCUCUGACUUCCUGCAGGUUCUGAUUUGGGAUUGAACGCUCCCCUGUAUUUUUUGUCUUAGAAUUGGGUUGGGAAACCUCAGUCCCUUGGUAUACUCUCCUCAGGCCACACCCUCACUGCUCCUUGCUUUGCACCCUCCUUGAGUGUUUUUGCCUGACCGGGAUGUGUCCAAACUCUGGUCAUGCCUCUUGAUUGCCUGCAUGAGGAAUGGAGAGGGAUGGGGCAGCGUGGAUAGAAACCAGCUUAUGGUAAAAAAGGUAAAGGGACCCCUGACCGUUAGGUCCAGUCGCGGACGACUCUGGGGUUGCGGCGCUCAUCUCGCUCUAUAGGCCGAGGGAGCCAGCGUACAGCUUCUGGGUCAUGUGGCCAGCAUGACUAAGCCGCUUCUGGCGAACCAGAGCAGCGCACGGAAACGCCGUUUACCUUCCCACCGGAGUGGUACCUAUUUAUCUACUUGCACUUUGACUUGCUUUCGAACUGCUAGGUUGGCAGGAGCAGGGACCGAGCAAUGGGAGCUCACCCUGUUGCGGGGAUUCGAACCGCCGACCUUCUGAUCGGCAAGUCCUAGGCUCUGUGGUUUAACCCACAGUGGUACAAAAGGUAAAAUUUAUGUUCAGCACUUGGCACACUUCUGCCUCUGCCCACCACUGGGAUGUUCAAAUAUCUUUAAUACGGUCAAUGACCAGGAAGCAAUUUAUAAAAUAUGACAUUAAGAGUAGUAUUGUGCUACAAGUAACAGUAAAAAUAUGGCCAAUUCACAGAAUUGGUGCUUAUAUUUAAGACCAGGUUUCGAGUUUUAAGUUUUUAAAAUUCAGUUCAGGAGUCGCUACUGUUUAUUAUCGUUCCUUCGAUGUUUACAGUUUGAACUCCUUUGUAGACAUCAUUGCUCGUCUUAUUCUUGUUGCAGUGUAACAGUACUUUGCCACGGACCUGUUAAUUUCGGGCUCUUUGUCAGCUAAGAGGUGUCUGAUAUAGGUGUCGUCUGUACUACGAGGUAUUUUCCUCAGAAUCGGUUCGAUCAGCUCUUUUCUUGAGUCUCGAUAUAAUGGGCAGUAUAAGAUGACAUGCCCAAUGGUUUCGAUUUCAUUGCUGUUACAGGGGCAUAAUCUUUGUUCGAUCGGUAUUUUAUUGUAUCUUCCCUCUAGAAGAGCUGAAGGGAGAGCGUUAAAGCGGGCCCUGGAAAAUGCCCAUCGGUGUUUAGCGUUGUCUAGAACUUUGAGAUAGUUUGCUAGAUGGGGCCUUUGGGAAUUGUAUAGAAGUUUAUAAGUUAUCGGAAGUUGGUUAAAGUCAUUUUGGGUUUCAAUGUCCCUGAGUCUUUCUUUGAUUAUGUUCUUGGCCCUUCCCCUUUCUAAACUUAAUAAAUACUCUGGGGAGAGACCAUAUAUGGCCAGUUUUCUGAGAAUGCCCUUCGACCAGCUAGAUUGGAAUUUGUCAAGAAGCAUCAGGGAAAGUAGUCCAACCGGCGAGUUGUUAAGUCUUAGCCAAGUGCAUAAGGUUCUUAUCCAUACUUUGGCUUUAAUGCUGUAUAAGCCCGCUUCCAGUCGUAAGGCGGCGUUUGGGACGCAUUUAGGUGUUUGCAGGAGUGAUCUAAGGAAACCUGAUUGUAUCUUCUCAUAUGGGUCUAGAUUAGAGAGGGAGACGAGUGGUGCGCCGUAUAGGAUUUGUGCUGUUGGUUUUGCAACGAAUAGUUUAAUUGUAGCAGGAAUGAAAUUUCCUCCCGUUGUACGAUGGAAUCUUAGGAUUGCUGUUGUACUUUUUUGUGCUGUAAAGGAGCUGUAGUUUAUGUGGGCAGUCUUCUUCCUUGAUGCUUGGAAUAUCACUCCUAGAUAUUUAAAGCAUGUCACUUGUUCAAUCUCCUGAUUGUCUAAAUUCCAUCUGUAUAUUUUCCUUUUGUUAGAGAAAACCAUGAUUUUUGUUUUUGGUAGUUCACUGCUAGUUUCUCUUCUCUACAAUAUUGGGAUAAGCUGUUAAGAGCUCUUUUGAGGCCCAUCUGAGUCUGGGACAAUAUAACCGCAUCGUCUGCAUAGAGUAAGAUAGGCAGUUUUUGUCUGCUAAUUUUGGGGCGUGUGUAUCCGCUCCUUGUAGGUGAUCUAUUAGGGAGUUUAUAUAGAUGUUGAACAAAAAGGGGGCCAAAAUGCAUCCUUGUUUAACUCCCUUUGUUGUUCUAAUGAAAUUAGAGAGUUGACCUUCUUGGCUGCAUCUUAUACGAAGUCGUGAGUUGUUGUACAGUUUGUAUAUUAGUAGCAGCAGGCGUCGGUCUAUGGAUGAUUUGUUGAGUUUGUCCCAGAGUCAAGUUCUUGGGAUGGAGUCAAAGGCUGCUUUAAAAUCUACAAAUGCUGCGAAUAGGUGGUGAUUGUGAUGCGUCGUGUAUUUCUCAGCUAGGUGCUGUAAGAUCAGGCAUCUCCCUUGUGGAUCUCCCUUGUCUAAAUCCUGCCUGUGCAUCAUCAAGAAUCUUCGCUCUUUCUAUCCAUUCGCACAGUUUCUCGCUGAGGUGUUUAGCAUAUAAUUUACUUAUUAUAUUCAGGAGGCUUAUAGGUCUAUAGUUGGAGGGAUCGUCCCUCGAGCCUUUUUUGUAAAUGGGAAUAAUGAUGGAAGUCCCCCAGUCGUAUGGGAUCUGUGCAGUUCUAUCUAUAUAUGUGAACAGAGAGGCUAGCAAGGGGGCCCACCAGUUCUGGCCCACCAUACUUCCGGGGUGGCGCCUCCGGAAAAAUGGCGGAAUUCCCUUCAAGUUGAAGGGAACCCGCUGCACGGAAGCUUGGGUCCUACCGCUACGGCGCAGCGGGGACCCUUAAAACCCACAGGCGGACGAAGCCUGUGGACGUGGGACUCAGCGGGCACCGUGAGCGCUCUCUCCCCUUGUACAGGAGCCCGGUAACGGGCUCCGGAGUGGGAGGUGCGUGGUGCUGUGAGUCGACUGCUUCUUUCGUGCAGUAAUGCCGCACUGCCGUUUCCGGAGAGCGCUGCCUUUUUCCUGGGACAAUUUGGCAUCUAAAACAUCUAUCCGUGAGUACCUGAUCUUGGAAGAGCUGAAUUACUUUUAAGACUGGUGAAUAAAUAAAUAAAUUGGACUUGAAAUUGAAUUUAAUUGGGACUUGGAACGGGAAGGUCUAAACAGGAAGUCAGCCUUCCGUUCUUUUGUUACGUGAAGAAAGCAAAGACAAAAUAUACUAAAGCUUGAAAAUUAAAUUCUGAGAGAACUAGAAUUCAACAUCUAAGAUUUCUGAACCCCCCUUUGACUGCAGGAGAAGAAGGGGGUUGUUUUGGACUUUUUAACCCUGCGGAAGUGAGUUUAAAACAAAGUAAUUUUCCACCGCCCUGAACCAGGAGCGGGCUGUCAGAACUGACGUUUUGAAGCUUGUCCAGCUCGACAGAUAGUUAAAAGAAGGGUAACAUUGUGACUCUACUGUUGCCUCUUGAAUUUUGAAGGGGGAACUUUGGAUAAAGUGUAUCUGGAAAAGAAAGACUGUUGCUGAUGUUUUUCUCCUUUAUAAAAAGGAAAAAAGAAAAAAAAGGUUUUCCCUCUAGUGGGAUUUAGUGAAACUGCAACGCAGAGAGCUUAAAAGUGAAGGACUAUAAUCGUGGGAAAGAAUUUUCUUUGACCUUGAAGGACAAUGCUUGUACAAAGGCUUGAACAAAUGUUCCUGGAAGGUUUUUCAAAACUAAGUGCCCAGCUGGACCAGAUGCGUCAGGAGACGACCUUGAUGACGGAAGUUACCAGAGCACAGCAGCAAGUAAAUGGAACUCAGUUAAAAUAUCUACAAGUAUAUGAACCUGCUGUAGUGAUGGAGGCUUCAGAGAUGGAGGGACCUUUGGACCGGCAGGAUCAGCCUUUGAACUUGAUAAAUGAACUUGGGAUAAAUCAGAUUCGGAAAGAUGAAAUGUGGUUAGAUUUGGAAAUGGGGGAUGGAUUGACCCCCCUUUAUAUGGUUAUCUGGACUUUCCGAGUCUGGUGAUGGGCCAUCAGAGGAUUGGAGUAGUCGGAGCCUCCAAGUUUCAAGGAAACUUGAAGUGGUAUUAUCUGCUGUCUGGCUUGGACAAUGGGCAUGGGAUGGACUUGCUGCAAAGGGUCAAAAGUAUCUUUCUGCUGGAGUACCCACGACUGAAAGGGAAACAUCAAGAAGAGCUGCGAAAGGGGCAAGAAAGAGAUUUGAGGGCCUCGGACACGAGACAACCAGGUUAAGGAGCCGGACUAUUGAGGUUAAAAGGACUGACAAUCCCGGGUCCAGGGGAGGGGGCGCUGGAAGUUGACUGGAUUGUGUCUGACUUAUUAUUUUAUUUUAUUUUUCUAUUUUUCAAUAUUGGGAACGUUAAUGAAUCUUCGCUCUUUCUAUCCAUUCGCACAGUUUCUCGCUGAGGUGUUUAGCGUAUAAUUUACUUAUUAUAUUCAGGAGGCUUAUAGGUCUAUAGUUGGAGGGAUCGUCCCUCGAGCCUUUUUUGUAAAUGGGAAUAAUGAUGGAAGUCCCCCAGUCGUAUGGGAUCUGUGCAGUUCUAUCUAUAUAUGUGAACAGAGAGGCUAGCAAGGGGGCCCACCAGUUCGCAUUGGUUUUAAAUAGUAUGGUAUACAGUCAAUUCCGGGGGUUUUCCCGUUCUUUAGUUGGUCAAUCAGCAGAUGAGUCUCUGUUAAUGAGACUGCUGGCCAUGGCUGUAUCUGAUCAUCCGGUAUGUCUAAUGCAUAGGACUCAUCGCUAGAUUCCUCAUAAAGAUUAUGGAAGUGCGUUUCCCAGGCUUUCAUUGAUAUGCAGCAGGAUAGUUGCGAUAGGCCCCUAUCCGGCUGUACAGCUACGAUUCUUCAGAAUAAUGAUGGGUUACUUGAUUUGGAGGCCUCUAUCAGUUGCUGCCAUAAUAACUUCAUUGCGUAUCUUUUCUUUUGUGUCAGAAGUUUUUUGUAACUUCUUUUGGCUUCAAGCAUCUUUUGUCUGUUGUCCUCUGUUGGAUUAUCCUUAUGGCAGAUAAAGGAGAGGAUCAAUGAUUUCUUGGAGGUUAUACACUCAUGAUCGAACCACUCCCUGGAAGUUUUCCGACGGUGGGGAGACUUGGAAUUCGGUUUUACAACAAACUCUUGAUUUUUUUGUAUAAGCAUUUCAUAUGUUGUCAUCAUGUUCGGGCGCUCUCCUCUAUUUCUAAGCACCCUUCCAUAAUUGCUUUUGAGAGACGGUAGCUCUCCUCAGUUUUAUACCAGUUAGAUAUCCGCUCGCUCACUUGUCCGUUCCAUCUGAUUUUCUUGAGGCCUGUUCUGGGUGUUAGAUCUGGUUGAUAUCUGCGUUGUGGUUUGGGCAGAUCAGAGGGUAAAUCACACACGAGGGAUAAAGGUAGAUGAUCACUUUCAGCUCUUGCUGUAAUGGUGAAUUUUGAUAUCCUAGGGAUCAGGUCCUGGGAAACAAUGCAAUAAUCUAUCGUUGACAGUUUGUGUCCUGACCAAUAUGUGUAUUGACCAGGAUAAUCUCCUUGUAUAGCACCAUUCAGUAAGUGUAGAUUCUGUCUGUAGGCCAUGUGUGCUAAAUGUAGUCCUCCAAUGUUGCAUGUCUUAUCGUAGGAUGAUCUUAUCAUUAGAGGUGGGAUAAUUUCCAUUUCUGGAGGCCAUUGGUGAAAAUGUGCAUAUAGGGCGUUGUCGUUAGGGCCCACUCUUGCGUUUAGGUCACCAGCUGGUAAUAUCAUGGCUGACGGGUGUUGUCUCCUCCAUUGCACCACGUGGGCUUCCACUUCUUUCCAUAGUUGUUCUACUUGUGCCUGCCACCGACAUGUAGGUAAGUAUAAGUUUAUGCAUAGCAGUUUGCUUUGUCCGAAAUCUAAAACUGCUGCUACAGACCAUUCAUCAUUGGAGGGUAAUUGGAUAAUAUUAGCUUGUAUCUGCGUUGAGAACAGUAAGGCUAAGCCUCCUUUGGGUCUGCCCCCUCUUUGACUAGGUGUUGCUCGUUUAAUACACGAGUGGUAAUUAUCCAAGUAGAGCUCGUCUAUCGACCAGGUUUCCUGGAUGAACAGGAUGUCAAAUUUAGUGAGGAAGUCCAUUAGAUUGGGAUCUUUGCUUUUAGCUCCCCACCCUGCGAUGUUCCACGUACAGGUGGUCAGCUUGUGAUUUUUGGUUGUCAGACAUCUCAAGGAACAAUCAAGCUUAGGUUUAUAGCCAAUUUGGGAUUUAUCAUUCAUUAUGUCCGUUUUGGGGUGUGUAGUGGGACAUUUUGGCACGGUGUGAACUUGGACACAUUUUAGUGUCCCGGAGGGGCGUUCUUUCCCGUGCCCUUAUUUCAGUCCGUGUGGAUGGUGUCUAGGGCUCCUAGGUUGUCCAGAAAGAUUGAACCGUUCUUGCCUGGUGGUACCGCUAUUUCAGCUUGAUGUGUUAUUGUUUUCUUUGUUAUAGGUGGUUCCGUAGGUCCGAGUUCCUCUGGCGAUAGGAAUAGCCUUAGUAUCCACUCACUGUUGGAUAGAGGUUUUGUGGUAUAGGUUGCAUAGUUAAAUUCCCUGGUGACGGGUGUGGCUAGGAGUGUAAUAGUUUUCCUUAUGGAUGCUAAUCUUUCAAUUAGUGCGUCCUGAGCUUUAUGUAUUUGUUCAAUAGUUGCUAUGAAGCGGUUUUCCUUCUCUAUGUUGGAGCUUUCAUCUGGUAUGUGAUUUGGGGAUAGGGUUUUUGGUCUUUUAGCCAGCUGGUUUGGGGCUUUGUCUGCCUCUAGUUGAAGCAUCUUACAGUUCUCGUCCGUCAUAGACAUUGUCGACUUUGUUUUUAUCUUAUCAGUCUUGAUUGUUUCGAUGAGAGGAGUGGGAGUACCAGAUAGGUACUUCGAAUAGGCGAGUCACCUGCAAUCCAACCCUUUGUAGCUUGUCCUUAUUGUCUGAAACUAGUUUGGUUGUGUGCCAGUCUCUGAAUGUUACCACAACUCUGUUUAGGUCCUUGUCUGAUGGCAGAAAUUUAACAUUAAUGAUGUUUUCUGCUGCGACGAACCUUCUAACGGCUAAUUCAGUUUUCUUGAGAAUAUAAAUUCUCUGUUGUGCUGGAGAAAGGAGAUCUUUGUGCAUGUAUACAGGUAGGAUGAUGAGUUUUUGUUUGUUUAGAAUUAGAUUUCUGCGAGAGUAUGUUGUUUUAGGAGUAGUUUCUUGCUUAGGGAUCGGGUUUUCUCUUGAUUUUCCCGCGGUUCCAUUCGGGAGCACUAGUUGCUCUGUUGAAUUAUGAAGCCUAGCCUUAUGGAGUUCCUCUGUUGAAUUGAAAAGCCCAGCCUUAUGAAGGUUUUUGUUUGGGCUUGGGCUUCGGCUUUUAUCAAGGGGUGGCAGGACUGGGUUAGCUGGGUUCGUAUUUCAAGCCAAUCCGUCGUCCGGGAGCUCCAAGGUUGUAAGUCAGUGUAGCCGUAUCAGUAAACAGUGCGACGAUAAAACAAUAAAACAAUAAAAGAAUAAAAGAAUAAACUAAUUAAAACGAGGCGACAAGACAGAGGUCCUUAGGGUGCAGUUUUGGGGUCUUGAAGAGGCUAAGACUAAUAAAAACGCUUAGUUGAAAUCGGAGGCUCUAAUUAGGCUGCUACCUCGGUCGCCAUCUUGGCCCCUCCCACUGGGAUGUUGUCCCCAGAUGGUCACCUGGAAAAGCAUGCAGCCCUCAGGCUGAAAAAUUCCCAAUUCCUGAUAAAUGUUCUGAUCUAGCUUUCUUCUCCCUGGCUUGCUAGUCUGUGUGUGUGCAACUCGGGAUUUUGUAAGGAGGAAAGUUCAGUUACUGAACUGCAUGUCAACAGCGUAAUACAGCGUCCAAAAACAAAACAUAACUAAUCUAGGCUUCGUCAGGAGAUGUAUAAUGCCCAGAUCAGAGGAUGUAAUAGUUCUGCCUUGGUCAGACCACAUCUGGAGCACUGUGUUCAGUUCUGGGCACCACAGUUUAAGAAGGGUACUGACAAGCUGGAAGAUGUAUAGAGGAAGGCGACCAGGAUUAUCCAAGCGCCUGGAAGCCAAGCCUUUUGAGGAAUGGUUGGGUAUGUUUAAGGUGGAGAACAGAAGGUAUGGUUGUUGUUGUUUAGUCAUUUAGUUGUGUCCGACUCUUCGUGACCCCAUGGACCAGAGCACGCCAGGCACUCCUGUCUUCCACUGCCUCCCGCAGUUUGGCCAAACUCAUGUUUGUAGCUUCUUUAACACUGUUCAACCAUCUCGUCCUCUGUCGUCCCCUUCUCCUUGUGCCCUCAAUCUUCCCCAAUAUCAGGGUCUUUUCCAGGGAGUCUUCUCUUCUCAUGAGGUGGCCAAAGUAUUGGAGCCUCAGCUUCAGGAUCUGUCCUUCCAGUGAGCACUCAGGGCUGAUUUCCUUAAGAAUGGCUAGGUUUGAUCUUCUUGCAGUCCAUGGGACUCUCAAGAGUCUCCUCCAGCACCAUAAUUCAAAAGCAUCAAUUCUCCGGCGAUCAGCCUUCUUUAUGGUCCAGCUCUCAGAAGGUAUGGUAGCCACCUUCAAAUGGGCUGUCAUCACUUCCCCCAAAUAUUCCUGGGAACUGUAGUUCAGAAUGGGUGCUAAGACUUUUUAGGAGACACCCGUUGCCCCUCACAGAGCUACAAAUCCCAGCACCUUCAAACAACAGUUCCCAGGGUUUUUUGGAGGAAGUCAUGUGGGGGGGGGGACCUGCAGCCCUCAAGGCAUUGCUGGAAUGCAGCUCCUAUCAUCGCUGACCAUUAGCCAUGCUGGCUGGAGUCGAACACAUUGGGAGGGGAACAGGCUCCCAGCCCCUGGUUUAAAAGCUAGCCAGCAAUUGGUGGUGUUCUUAGACAGAAAACAAAAAACACCCAUGGUUGACAACCUUGUUCUCAGGCUCAUCAAGCUGUAGAUUUCAAUCUAGUCACUAGAUAUGUGCUUUUGAACAUCGGAAGCAAUUCCCUACUAGAAAGGGCCUGCUUAGAGGACUUUGGUAUCUGCUGGAGUCCUGCUGUUAUGGCACUUUAAUCUCUCGGCAGAUGGGGCAGAUAACCCCAAUUAGAAAAGCCGGGCUGUUCUUAGGCUGCAUUCAGACAGCACUUUUAUUCCUGACAUUUCCUUACCUGACCAUUUCCAUGUUUUACGUGAUCUUUCAAACACAUCGUGAAAUCCACUUCUGGGAAUCUAGCAGAAGCUCAUCGCCCAUGUUAACCCUGCAAAAUCAUGUGCUGUAACUUUCCUGCUGUUUUUUGUGGCUCACAGCAUGUGACAGAAUUUGGGGGACUUAUUUUCCGGCAUGCAGUUCCUUCCCCCUAUUUUCAUGGGGAACAGAAGCACACAUGGACAUAAGAGAAGGUGACAUGUCUGAUGACAUCUGCUGUGGUGCCUUGCUGGUGUGGAUGAAAUUUAGUGUGCCGUGGCUUUGUAGAUCAAUCAGACAGCUGCAGUUUCAUAAGGCAAUAGUUAAGGCAGUGCAAAAGGUAGAUUAGAAACCUGGGCAAAAGUACUAGCGUGAUCACCAGGAAAACCAAGGCAGUAAACCCCAAGUCUGAAUACACCCUUAGAUUCUUAAAUCUUCCGUGGGUUCUUAGGAACAUCACUAAGUUAAUACUGACUUGCUUGUUAUUUUCUAUACUGCCUGCCAUUUGAGGAUCACAGGAUGGUUUACAAGACAGGCAACCCCCAUUUAGUGUGGGGUUACGUCCCAAGGCACAACACGGCUCAGUGAAAUCGCGUAUAUUUGAAGCACCGUCGCAAAAGCCUGCAAGCACCCCGUUCUGCCCCUUUUUGUGACAAUUAGAGAUCGCUUUCGGGGACAGCGCAAUAAGUGUGUGCAUAGCUGAGCGUGUGUUAAACGUGUGUAAAUGGGGCCUUGCCUGUAUAAAACCACAAACGUACAUAACAUAGUAACAAAUAAACACAACUGGUCGUCCCCUCCCCCCAAAAAACCCACUUUCUCUGACCCUCCUGGAUUUUCAGAAGCAUCACGAAUGCAAUUAAAACUGAAUGGGAAUGCAUUGCUCUUGAUUAGGCGUUUGUUUUGGCAAAUAGUUAUUGACUUGUAGGUUGUUUUUUUUUAUGGAGGAGAUUUAAGAACAACAACAAACUCUCUUGCAGGUCAAAGACCGGGGCCCCGAAGCCACACGAAGGUUUUUCAACUGGUUUUAUUGGAGCAUAAACUUGGGGGCCAUCGUAUCCUUGGGAGGCAUCGCGUACAUCCAGCAGAACGUGAGUUUUGUCAUCGGCUACAUCAUCCCAGCUGUUUGCAUCGGGGUGUCCUUCGUCGUCUUUCUCUGUGGCCAGAGCUUCUUCAUCACAAAGCCCCCUGACGGCAGCGCCUUCACAGACAUGUUUAAGAUUCUGGCCUAUUCGUGUUGUUCCCGGAAGAGGCCUGAGGAAUACUCCAGCAAUAGGUAUGUAGCAGCAAUUUCCCCCUUCUAGGCAGUGUUCGAAAUUCGCCAGGCGCGUUUUGUGACUGGUGUGGGUCCAGUAGCAACUAUGUGGAGAUCUCUUGAGGCCAUCUUGUGACUGUCCUUGCUGGGGCCUGAUUUGUAGUUCAGCAUCAUCGGUAGGGCCAAACCUACCCUAGAAUGUGACAGGAUGUUGGGAAACUGAUUCAUACGGAUGCAUUCACACACACACAUUGUUCUCUCCAAGGGAAAGAAAUCUUAGGCGAGCUUAGUGGCCCGAUUAAAUAAGCAUGAGUGUUUGCUUGUUAUCGAAAGGAAUGUCCUGCCUGUGUCUAAGAUAAUUGAAGGCAGAUUAACGACCCAUAAAGUAAUAAAUUGUAAAAAAAAUACAUGAUGUUGAGAAGAAUGAGCAAUUAACAGCCAUGCAAUAAAGCACACUUUGGAAGAUUGAAAGGCAGCAGUAGCAUAAAUAGGUUUAAGAGGAAUAUUCUGCAAACACUGGAUGGAGAAGAACUUCAGCUGGUUGCUGCUGCAGAGUCUCUGUCUCAAAAGAGAGAGAGAGCGCGCGCGAGCGAGCGUGUUUUUAGAUGCUGUGCACCCAUAUUGGAGAAAACUUAGAAAACAUCUUUGGCUUUGGGAGCGUUUGGAUGCCGUUUUUGAGCCAAGAUGGCGGACUGAACCUUUCAAAGCUGCACUGAUUUUAAACCCAAUUUUGUAUGAUAGUUGUAAACACUGAUUUCCAAACUGCCCGGAUUUUGUCUGUUUGUUUCUUAGAACUCCCAAGCAACACUGGGGAUGGGGCUGCUAGUAUACUAUACAGGUUUCCCAAAAUUUCCAGUUUUGCUGUGUUGCAGUCCUUUUGGAUCCAUCUCCCUUCUUCCUUCUUUCCAGUAGAGACACCCAAGGGGUACUUCAUCAACCAGCUCCCAAACAAAGCCUCUUCGAGAUGGCCAAAUCAUCCCAUGGAGGACCAUUCAGGGAAGAUAAAGUUGAGGAUGUGAAAGCGCUGGUCAAAAUCAUUCCAGUCUUCCUGGCCCUCAUACCUUACUGGACGGUCUAUUUUCAGGUUGGUGAACAGGGCCCAAUUCGGUUUUUGGUUCCUGUAUGUCAAGAGCAGCAAGGGGGCUAGAUUUGCCACCUAAACAGUCUUUGGCUGUUAGUGCCGAGGGCGAAAGUCCUUGACGUUUUGAGAUGGAGUCGCGGGUGCCAGUCAUAAAAUGGCUGCCGCAGGAGUGUGGCUUGACGCAAAAUGGCUGCCGCGUCUAAAAAAAGUAGAAAAAGAGGCAAGAGCACAAAAUAGAUUGCAGGGAAGCGCAACGACGUCUAGGUCUAUUUGCAAAUCAAUUGCUUUCAAGGAGAAAAAGUGUGUGUUUCUAGGGACAAGCAAGUAUUUGCUUCCCAUGUUGACAUCAGCCAAUAGACUGUAAGCUGCUUGGGGCAGGGACCCUGCACUCUGUAAAGAGUCAUUGAUGGGACCCUUGUCAGGGAUGGGGGCCUGUGGCACUCUGGGUGUUCAUAGACUCCAGGGCCUUCCUCUUCCGUCCAUCAUGGCCAAUGGUCAGGGAUGAUGGAUGAGGUAUAGUCCAGGCAUAGGCAAACUCCAGCCCUCCAGAUGUUUUGGGACUACAACUCCCAUCAUCCCUAGGUAACAGGACCAGUGGUCAGGGAACUAUAGUCCCAAACCAUCUGGAGGGCCGGAGUUUUCCUAUGCCUGGUAUAGUCCAUUGACAUCUUGGAGGGGCACAUGUUCCGACUUCCAGCAGAAUAUAAACAAUUUCCUUUCUUUCACUUCAGAUGCAGACAACGUAUGUCCUCCAAAGUCUGCACUUGAGAAUCCCCCAGUUUUCAAACAGCACCUCAAACAGCCAUACGGUAAGUGGUCAUGUGGAUAGCCCUGUUUUCCUGCAGGUUGGCUUCCGGGGUUACAGUUUCAUAGCAUGCAGGUGGGAUUGGGUGGGGGGAAGUAUGGCGAAGAAUCAAAACAGAAAGGAGAGCAGGCUCUGCCAUUUAGCGGUCCGAGAUGUGAUCUCUUCCGGAGUGACCUCCUCCUCCUUUGUUGUAACUGUAGGCAGAGAUAAGAGACAACACUAAUUUACUGAUUCUCAAAAGCAUAGGAGAGUGUUCAGUCAUACUGUUAAAAUAUUAAAUGGUACCAUCCUACCUUUUAAAGAAUCCUUAUCUAUUAAGCCCUAUCUGCAAUAUGCAUUUAAAGCAGAAUCAUAACCACCCUGGCUUUCCCCAAAGAAUUUUUUUUUGGGGGGGGGGGGGAGUGCAGUUUGUUAAGAGUGCUAGGAGACCUUUAUCACCCUCACAGAGCUAGAACGAACAGAGUGAUUUAACAAUUAAUAAUAAUAAUAUGUAUACCCCACCCGUCUGUCUGGGUUUCCUCAGCCACUCUGGGCGGCUUGCAACAUAAAAACAUAAUAAAAACAUCAGUCCUUAAAAACAUACCAAAACAGGACUGCCUACAGAUGUCUUCUAAAAUCAGAUAGUUGUUUAUUUCCUUGACAUCUGAUGGGAGGGCGUUCCACAGGGUGGGCGCCACUACCAAGAAGGCCCUCUGCCUGGUUCCCUGUAACCUCACUUCUUGCAAUGAGGGAACCGCCAGAAGGCCCUCGGCGCUGGACCCCAGUUUCCAGGCAGAACGAUGGGGGUGGAGAUGCUCCUUCAGGUAUACUGGACCGAGGCCAUUCAGGGCUGUAAAGGUCAGCACCAACACUUUGAAUUGUACUCGGAAACAUACUGGGAGCCAGUGAAGAUCCUUUAGGACUGGUGUUAUGUGGUCCCGACGGCCACUCCCAGUCAUCAGUCUAGCUGCCGCAUUUGGGAUUAGUUGUAGUUUCCGAGUAACCUUCAAAGGUAGCCCCACAUAGAGUGCCUCUCCCCAGGGAACUCUGGGAAUGGUAGCUCCAUGAGGAGAAAGCUCAGCAGAUGCCCCUUUUUGGUUCCAGGAUGCAUGCAAAUGGACACUGGCAGACAUCCAUGGGAUUGUCCAGGAUCAUUCCCUCAGGCUCUUCCCCAGAUAUAUCUUUACCUCUAUCGCUUAUCUCUGCAUCUCUCUCUAUAUACAUAUCUGGACUGGCAUGUGUAAUAAUAAUAAUAAUAAUAAUAAUAAUAAUAAUAUUUUAUUUAUACCCCGCCCUCCCCAGCCAAGACCGGGCUCAGGGCGGCUAACAACCAAUAAUAAAAACAAGUUGAUUAAAAUACAAAUUUAAAGAUUAAGAUACAAUGUUAAAACAAUUAGGGAGCAAUCUCAUCAUAGGAGGAGAAAGGAAAAAGAAAAAGGGGGAGGGAAUCAAACUGAUUCUGAGCCAAAGGCCAGGUGGAACAACUCUGUCUUACAGGCCCUGUGGAAAGAGAUCAGAUCCUGCAGGGCCCUGGCCUCAAAAGACAGAGCCUUCCACCAGGCCGGAGCCAGUGUUGAGAAGGCCCUGGCUCUGGUUGAGGCUAAUCUAACUUCCUUAGGGCCCGGGACCUCUAGGGUGUUGCUAUAUGUGGACCUUAAGGUCCUCCGUGGGACAUACCAGGAGAGGCGAUCCCCUAGGUACAAGGAUCCUAGGCCGUGAAAGGCUUUAAAAGUCAAAACCAGCAUCUUAAAUCUGACCCUGUACUCCACCAGGAGCCAAUGCAGCUGGAAAAGCACUGGGUGAAUAUGCUCCCAUGGCAGAGACCCUGUGAGGAGCCUCGCUGCAGCAUUCUGCACCCGCUGGAGUUUCUGGGACAGCUUCAAGGGCAGCCCCACGUAGUGCCCAUUUUAAUAAAGUAGAAAUUCAAACUCCACUGGCACACAUCAGGAUUUUGCCCAUGUUACACACAGGGAGCCUUGUACCCACAUUCAGGUUUAGUAAUGUCCUUUUGAUGACACCGUUCCUGCAGGUUGCUGAAUGAUUAAUCAGUUUUGUUGGGAAGGCACAGAAGUUGGAAAUGCCAGGGGGGCUGCUGUCUCUGUGGGUGACCCCUAGUCCUAGGCUCGUCCCCCCUUCCUAAAUGGUUCAGCUCACCUCCCUAUCACCAUAAUAACCCAAAUUCAUAAUGUAUGGUGGUUUUAAUGCAGUAUUCAUAAAUGAGGCGUUUGAUCCAAAAACCUAACCUGCUUAAUAUUAACAUGUCAGCAGUUCCGAGCAAUUUGGAAGAACUGUAUCUUAAGGAGCCACUGAACUUCAAGGUGGGUGGGCAAAACUUCCAAAGUUGUAAAUAAAGUUCUGAGUGUGUAAGUUUCAGGCUUGUAUUUCAACUUUGAAUUCUGAGUGGCUGGGGUUUUUUUAAGACUCGUUUUAAGCCUGAUGUUGCAACCAGCAUCAACCCACCAAACCCCUAGGCCUGUAUUUCAACUUUAAAUUCUGUUUGGGUUUUUUAUUUUACUUCAUUGCUCUUGUUUUAAACCUGGUAAAGGUAAAGGGACCCCUGACAAUUAGGUCCAGUCGUGACCGACUCUGGGGUUGCGGUUCUCAUCUCACUUUAUUGGCCGAGGGAGCCGGUGUACAGCUUCUGGGUCAUGUGGCCAGCAUGACUAAGCCGCUUCUGGCUAACCAGAGCAGCGCACGGAAAUGCCGUUUACCUUCCCGCUGGAGUGGUACCUGUUUAUCUACUUGCACUUUGACGUGCUUUCGAACUGCUAGGUUGGCAGGAGUAGGGACCAAGCAAUGAGAGCUCACCCCGUUGCGGGGAUUCAAACUGCCGACCUUUUGAUCGGCAAGUCCUAGGCUCUGUGGUUUAACCCACAGCGUCACCCGCAUCCCUUUAAACCCGAUGGGUACUUCCAAAUUCAUGUAAGCAGUUGCAUCAACCCACCAAACUCCUAGCAUUGUGCUCUCCCCAUCCCUGAGAAAGGUGUCACACCUGAUUCUUUCAGGCCCAAAUGGACAGGAGUUUCCACUUCCAUGACGGGUUCUGUCUGUCAUGGGGUGGGAGGUACAGCACCAGAGUUUUUGCUACUAAAGGAGGGGAGAGGAACCUAUGGCCUGCCAGAUGUGGCUGGACUACAACUGUUUCCUAGCUAUAGAGCCCAACCUCUGCAAGAACUUGCGUGCUGAGCAUCUCUUGUGGGCCUUGGAUACUAGGAGGUCGAACAGGAGUGGGGAACGUUUUUCAGCCUGAGAGACACAUUUCCUUCUGGACAUCCUGGGAGGGGGGUUGCAUACGAGUGGUGGGCAGGACCAGAGACAAAAAUAGGCCAAGCAAUGAAUGUUGUUUUUACUUUAAUACUGUAUGGUAGGCUAGUUCCUACACAUACUUGCAGCCCCUCCCUAUCCCCCAUAUAGAAAACCAAGAGGCAUCACAAUUUCAAGGACACAUUUCAGGUAGGCAAAACACUCAGCGGUGGCGAGGGGUCUAGCCUGGGAUGGAGGAAUGUGACUGUAAAUAACUCCCAAGGGCCAGAGAGCAAUGUUUUGAGGGCUACAUUCAGCCCCUGGUCCUUAGGUUUCCCACCCCAGGGUUGAACAAUCAAUAAUUAAUCAAGUACAAAUCAGGCAUACAACAAAAUACUGCUCCUAUUAAGGAUGCCAGACAGCAAUGGCCAUUUUCUAGAAUACUCCUUUCCACCACCCCCUCCUGUUUUUUGUCCACCCCCCCCCAAACAAAAUGGUCAAAUAGUAAUCUGUGCCCCACAAGCAUGUGCAGGUCUCAUUGGGCCAGUUUGGCUCCACCCCUUGGUUUGUUUGUUUUUUAAAAAAAAUAUAAACUAUUUUUUCUCAUGCACAAGUCAAAAAAUGUACUCUUUCAUCAAGCUUUCUCUUUUGGGCAGAUAAAGUGUAACUCAAAAUGUUUAAAGCCAACAGCCAAUACUAUGCUAGUGGGUUGUGUUGUUGUUUUAAAAAAGGAAGCAGUAACAUGAAAGUGCUCUCAAAUGCCAGUCUUCCAAAAUGGCCGGAUCUCUGGCCUUUAAUGUGCUGCCUUCAAAAAAAUGAGGUGUUUACUCAAAUCGUUCAGAAUUCAGCGCCUGGAUGAUGGAGCAAUAAUCCCAGCAUUCUGAUUGAUAAUUUAAAUGGUAUUUCUUUCUCACAUUUUGUCAAAAUAGCCCUAGGGUUCUUGAUAAUGAAAGUUGGGGAAAUGUUUUGCAUUUUGUUUUGUUUUUUAACAUGCAAGGUGUGACUGUCGAAAUCUGUCAGAUAUGCAUAAAGUGAAAUGCAACGUGCUAUUUCGUUCUGCCUCAAUUAAAUUUUAAGUUUUGGUGGUUUGAUCUGAAUGCAAAUUCAGAAUCUUUUGACACCGCAGGCAGGGGCAGCUUUACUGUGGCAUCAGCUUUUAUGAACUAGGGCAGACUUCAGACAUGGCUGAUCUCCUUUGUGGUUUUGUUUCAUGUUCCUUAGAGUGCCGGUAAUACAUGUGAAAAGGACUAAGGAGUUCUUAGUAGAACUGCAGGUUCCUGGGUUCUGAUCUAGGCAGUAAGAUUCUCUAGGGUGUGAAAAAAUAUGUGCAUGCCACAUUGAGCUUGUUUGAGGGAAAGCAGUGUAUACAUAUGAUUAAUAAGUUAAUAAACAGUAAUCCACUUGAGAUGUUGUGCUCAGACCCAUCUGCCUGCUUUUCUUGGUAUGUUCACAGAGUUGGUGCAAAGAGCUGGUGCAAAUGUGUUUUAAAGUAGAUUUCCUAAUAUAUUUGAAAACAAAUGAACACACGUCUGUGGAUAAUCUGACUGUAUCCUCAUGACCACUGCUCCUUGUGCAUUUUUCUAAUCUAUGGGUUGUGCUGAAGAAGAUUCCAGCGAAACAGUCAGAUUAUCUGGGAUCACUGUCCUACAUUGUUAUUCACUUACUACUUUGGCACCAUGAACACCUAAAAAAAUUUUACCGCUCAGCCCACAGGAUAGCAUCUAUCACUUUGUUUCAACCAUAGACUUAUUAUACUUUUACGGACUUUCAAAGAUUGACGGACAUGUGUUCAUUUGUUUUCAAAUAUAUUAGAGAAUUUACAAGUGUACACAUUUUGUUAUUGUUGUACUAAAUCAUGUAUAUUAUGCAAUAAGAACUACAGUGCUAUCUAGUAUACUGGUCUUCGUUUUGCUUGUGUUGUUUGUUGUGUUAAGUUUGCAACACAGGGGUUUGUUGUUCUGUAUUAAAGCACCGUAUUUUUCACUCUAUAAGAGGCACCAGACCACAAGACGCACCUAGUUUUUGGAGGAGGAAAACAAGAAAAAAAAUAUUCUGAAUCUCAGAAGCCAGAACAGCAAGAGGGAUCGCUACGCGGUGAAAGCAGCAAUCCCUCUUGCUGUUCUGGCUUCUGGGAUAGCUAUGCAGCCUACAUUCGCUCCAUAAGACGCACACACAUUUCCCCUUACUUUUUAGGAGGGAAAAAGUGAGUCUUAUAGAGCAAAAAAUACGGUAGAUUUCCAUCUGUCAAGCAAGAUGCUCCUUUAACUCAGAGGCGGAGAACCUGCAGCCCUCUGGAGGUUGUUGGACUCCCAACUCCCAUCAGUCCCAGCCAGCUUGGACGAUGGUAGCUGGAGUCCAUCAGCAUCUGGGAAGGACACAGGUUCCUAUGCCUGGGAUAAAUGAUGGUGAUAACAGCAGUGCAAGAUCCAAAACCCUUAGGCACUUUUUUUUGGGGGGGGGAGACUUUCUAGCAAUGAGAAAACGGUUAAGCAAAACCAUGUAGGGGAACGUGUGGUUUCUGAAGCCAAGGGGGGAAUCAGCAGGGAAUGCAUAACUGACUGCUUCCUGUCACACCCUCCAUUAAUAUGAGCUCUGAUGGCUGUUUAAAAGCCUUCUUUGUGUGUGUUUAUUUCAAUAAUUUACAGGGCUUUGUUUAUCAGAUGUGAGUGGCGUAAUCCAUAAUUCUGCAGACAGGUGUUCUGGUGAUUAAUAGGGCUUAAUGGAAUCUCAGCCCCUUGCGUGACAGUCCUGUUCCGUUAAUGAGAUUCCAGGCUGAGUCAAGCGGUGAAAUCUUAACGAUGAAAAUUAAUGCCUCUCGUUCCACUGUACAGAGGGGUGUGUCCUCCCUCCCUUCGAAUUGAUAGCGAUAAUGUAUAAUGUUCCUUAUGAUCUAUCGCUGUCCAGAAACUGAUACUGAAUCACUUCUGGUCCUGGAAUCAUUAAAAUUAUGAUCCCCUCCGGGACUGUUAAGAACGAUGACACACACACACACAGGAACGGUGUUCAUCCUCCUUUUCCCUUUGGAGAACCAUUGAAAGUUGGCAGAGAUAUUAGUACUAUUAUUAUUAUUAUUUCAUUAAAUUAAUCCUUUCUCUUUUUUUUAGCAAAGUAACUCAAAGAGCCUUACAGAUAGAUGCAUUAAAACCAUUAAAAAAGGAAAGCAAAGCAAAAUCGAGAAGGCAAUUCAUUUUUUAAAAAACUGGUUAAAACACCCCACCCUCUCAUAAACAGAAGAACAUAGAUAAUUAAAAGCCAAAGACCUGGUAAAGGGGGACGGGGCUUGCCUUGCACCUAAUGAUAUAUAAUGACGGAGCCAGGAGAACCUCCCUGGGUUCCAUUCUACUGUGGAAUGUGGAGCAAAAUUGGGGAGAGAUGCUCUUGUGCGCAGACCCUUCUUGUGGACUUCUCAUUUUGGGCAUCUGGUUGGCCACUGUGAGAUCAGGAUGCAGGACUAGAUGAUAAUAAUAGUGAUAGUAAUAACAACAACAACAAUAUAAUAAUAAUUUAUUAUUUAUACCCUGCCCAUCUGGCUGGGUUUCCCCAGCCACUCUGGGCAGCUUCCAACAAAACACUAAAAUACAAUAACCUAUUAAACAUUAAAAGCUUCGAUAAACAGGGCUGCCUUUAGAUGUUUUCAAAAAGUUUGGUAGUUAUUUUUCUCUUUGACAUCUGGUGGUAGGGCGAUGUCUUCUAAAAGUUUGGUAGUUAUUUUUCUCUUUGACAUCUGGUGGGAGGGCGUUCCACAGGGCGGGCACCACUACCAAGAAGGCCCUCUGCCUGGUUCCCUGUAAUUUAACUUCUCGCAGCGAGGGCCCUCGGCGCUGGACCUCAGUGUCCAGGCAGAACAAUGGAGGUGGAGACACUCCUUCAGGUAUACUGGACCGAGGCCGUUUAGGGCUUUAAAGGUCAGCAGCAACACUGAAUUGUACUUGGAAACGUACUGGGAGCCAAUGUAGGUCUUUCAAGUCCCGGUGUUAUAUGGUCUCGGCGGCCGCUCCCAGUCACCAGUCUAGCUGCCGCAUUCUGGAUUAGUUGUAGUUUCCGGGUCACCUUCAAAGGUAGCCACACAUAGAGCGCAUUGCGGUAGUCCAAGCGAGAGAUAACCAGAACAACAACAACAAUUUAUUAUUUGUACCCUGCCCAUCUGGCUGGGUUUCCCCAGCCACUCUGGUGGCUUCCAACAAAGAUUAAAAAUACAUUAAAAUAUCACACAUUAAAAACUUCCCUGAUGUCAGAUGUCUUCUAAAUGUCAGGUAGUUGUUUAGAUGGGCCUUCUGGCCUGAUCCAGCAGUCCGGGCUCUCCUCAUGCUCUUACAACUUUGUUCCAUCUCUCUCUCUCCUUCCCUUUCUCCCCCAGUUCCCUGCAGCUUGGCUGACCAUGUUUGACGCUGUGCUUAUCCUCAUAUUAAUACCUUUGAAGGACAAAGUGGUCGACCCCAUCUUGAAGAGGCACGGCCUGCUCCCGUCAUCGCUGAAGAGGAUUGCGGUUGGCAUGUUCUUUGUGAUGUGCUCUGCGUUUGCUGCAGGUGAGAGAGGGGAGGGACGGGUGAGAGUGCCGCUGGUUGAACGGUCAUUUGGCGGCUGCCCGGAACAUCUAGAAAAUGGGAUAAAAAAUGGGAUACGCUACACCAGCAUCAGACCUAAAGCCUAUCAAGUUCAACACUUUGUGUCUUGGUUUCUGACCAGAUGCCUCUGGGAAUCCCACAAGUGCAAGAGUGUUUUCCCCACUUAGGGCUCCCAGAAGCUGUUGUCCUGAGGCCUUCUUCCUCCCAACACUGGUUGGUAAACCACUGAGAGCCUUAUUCCUCCAUGAAUUUGUCUAAUUCUGUUUUGAAGCCAUCCAAGUUGGUGUCCAUCACUUCAAAUCCCAUGCAAAGAAGUGCUUUCUUUUAUCUCUUUGGAGAUUCUGCUCCAAAUCAAUUCAUUUCCUCUUCCGUUAUUCCUAUCCACUACUCAAAUCAUCUCCAGAUAAAGUCAUGUUAACAUUUAUUUCCCCUUCCAAGAAAAGUUAACAUCUACCUACCCAGUAACCAAGAUCACACACCCCUCCAAUUCGGUUCCCCUCAAAUUCUUUGCCCACCCAGGAAUAUUUUGGGCCCAUACAUAGACCCCUACCAACACCUGUGUCACUGUAUUUGUUUCACCAGUCCUGUGCCUUAAUCUUCUCUAAUUCUGCAACUUAGUCAAGAAGAAAACAAUGAUGCCUUUGUAGGAUGUGUAAGGAUGUGUAGGAUGUGGGUAAAACCUCAGCGCCAAGACUUGCCGAUCGUAUGGUCGGCGGUUUGAAUCCCCACGGCGGGGUGAGCUCCCGUCUUUCGGUCCCAGCUCCUGCCCACCUAGCAGUUUGAAAGCACUCUUAAGUGCAAGUAGAUAAAUAGGUACCGCUUUAUAGCGGGAAGGUAAACGGCGUUUCCGUGUGCUGCGCUGGUGCAGGCUCGCCAGAGCAGCUUGAUCACGCUGGCCACGUGACCCGGAAGUGUCUCCGGACAGCGCUGGCCCCCGGCCUCUAGAGCGAGAUGGGCGCGCAGCCCCAGAGUCGGACACGACUGGCCCGUACGGGCAGGGGUAUCUUUACCUUUAGGAUGUGUAAAUGAUCUACUUAUUGAGAAUAAUUUCCACAUGCUCAGCACCUUUUCACAAUGCUUCAUAGACUGUUCAUGCCUUCACCUGGUACCCACCACAAGGAACGUAUUGAUAAAGUCUUAAAUAAAUUAAUCUUGAGGGCUUGUAAUCCUCCCAGUAUAUCAGAGCGAGGGACACUUUAUAGGGCCAUUAAGGCUUCUCUCUCAAUGAGAAGAGGUAGUUACCUUAUUAGGGACAAGGUCGUUUUGAUAUGUGGGCAAGCCAAGUUCCUGCUGCAAAGUCGUUUGAACUUUUAUCUUUUGGGGGUUUCUUUUAUUUCUUUUAUCCCUCUGCUACAAGAAAUUUGUGCUUUUAAUUUUAGUCAAUUCCCUGUACCUAGGCAACACAACUUUCUGAGGUCCGUAUAACUUCAGCAAACAAAAUUAUUUUAUCCCGCCUCAUUUUUCCCUGGGUGCUAAUCCAGCACAGCAUCAGUUUGGCUGCUUAUGGAUUGGGCAAAUGAUCCGGUAGCACACGUUUUCUCACGGGGCAGCAACUUCUUUCUGGUUCUUCUAUUCAGGUGAAAUCCAGCAGCGCCACCUUUGCCUUCCCCACCCACCCCACCCAGCUGCCACGUCCCCUGAGCGCCCGCCCUCCCCGAUGCAAUUUGCAACGCCUAUUAGAGGCUUUCGAUUAUUUCAGAAUAUCUUAUAAAUUGUGCGAGAACGCCACUGAUUAGAUUUAAUGAACGUUGGCGGUGCUUACUUUCGUGUCUUACAUUGUAAAUUCUUAGCAGCGGUAUUUAAGACUACUCAGCUGGAAAAUCAACUCCGUUUGCAGCCUUUUAAAACAAUUACGGCAAAAAUUUAAUCCCAAACUUUAAAUGGUAAAGAAGCGCCUUCGAUCGUAUCUUGAAACUUAGCGCAUUGCUACUUCGAACAACCAAAAAAGAAAGAGGAAAGAGGAUGUAGCGUGUCAGGUGAAAUUAUUACCAUGGACAUAUUUUUUUAUCCCUCCGUAGGAGGCAGGGCAGUAAAUACUGGGUGGGUGUGAAUGCGCAGGGAACUUAGUGCCUGGACAGGGAUUCGAAUUCGGGCUUCUGCAAGCUGAAGUCCAACUUUCCAUUGACUACACCACUCAUCAGAAGUUUUUUUAAACAACAAUCACAACCCUACAGAAACAAAAUAAACUAAUUUUGAAAGGCUUUGUGAGGAAAGGAAAGUAUUCAACAAAGAAGACAUUGUUGGGGUUUGCUUCACUUUUAGGGAAAGAGAAUUAAUUUGUUCAUUUCAUUUCAGAAUUUCUAAGUGGCUCUACAUUCACUGAAUACCCAAGCAGAGCCCAGAAAUAGAAUGUAAAGCAUGAUACCAGAUCAUAAAACAGCAUUAAGAAGUAAAAUCCAGCAAGAAUUAAAAAAUUGCAGAAAGAAAAUAGAUUAAGGCUGCAAUCCUAACCCCAUUUACCUGGGAGCAUGUCCCAUUUAAUUCAGUAGGGCUUACUGCUGAGUAGAUAUAGUUAGAAUUGCAGCUGAAUUCAGGAAGACGUGGAGAGAGAAGAAAAACUUUCAACAAAUGGCAGAAAUAUUUAUUGUUAUUAUCUGGGCAUUUUUAAACAACAAUGAGAUAAUGCAAAGUGACUUACAGUAUACAAGCAAACAAAUGCAUAUGUUAAAACCAGCAUAAAAGAGAAAACAGAAAAAUCUAAAUCCUUGGCCCUCCAGAUGUUUUGAGACUACAAUUCCCAGCAUCCCUGAUCACUGGCCCUGCUAGCUAGGGAUCAUGGGAGUUGUAGGCCAAAAACAUCUGGAGGACCAAGGUUGAGGAAGCCUGCUCUAUGGCCUUCUAGAAGUGGGUGUGAUGUUUUUAAAAUAUUUCUCUUUCCUCUUGGUUUUAAUGUAUCUACGUGGGGUUUGUUGCCUGUAUGAUGGGCUGUAAGCUGUGGUUUUCAAAGUAGUGAUGUAUGGAAGUGAGAGCUGGACCAUAAAGAAGGCUGAUCGCUGAAGAAUUGAUGCUUUUGAAUUAUGGUGCUGGAGGAGACUCUUGAGAGUCCCAUGGACUGCAAGAAGAUCAAACCUAUCCAUUCUGAAGGAAAUCAGCCCUGAGUGCUCACUAGAAGGACAGAUCCUGAAGCUGAGGCUCCAAUACUUUGGCCACCUCAUGAGAAGAGAAGACUCCCUGGAAAAGACCCUGAUGUUGGGGAAGACUGAGGGCACAAGGAGAAGGGGACAACAGAGGACGAGAUGGUUGGACAGUGUUCUCGAAGCUAGUAACAUGAGUUUGACCAAACUGCGGGAGGCAGUGGAAGACAGGAGUACCUGGUGUGCUCUGGUCCAUGGGGUCAAGAAGAGUCGGACAUGACUAAACAACUAAACAACAAUAAAGUUCCUGUGGGUUGCCCUGGGCAAGAUGAAGUGACCCAACAGAUUUAAUAGAUAAUAAUGAAAGCAGGAGCCAUGUGGCCCAGCUUGACCAGCAUCCUCUUCUCACAGUGGCCAACCAGAUGUCCCCAUGCAACAGCACUCUGCCUACCUGUGGUUUUCAGCAACUGGUGUUCAGAGGCAUAAUACCUCCAACCAUGGAGGUAGAACAUAGCUAUUGCAUGACUAGUGUCAUUGCUCUCUUGUCUGUGCAGCACUGGGUCCCUCUCGCUCCUUCGGCUGAUGGAGGGGGCAGAGUGACGCUUUGUUCCUGCAGUUCCAGGACAACUGGAUGUUGGAGCCAGAGAUUCAGGAAAGGAUCAGGUGGUAUCAAGGCUCCCUAGAUCUCCUCUAGCUGAUGGAUAGGCUCAGGUUGGUUCCCCCAUUGCCUUGAGGCAGCAGCGGCAGCCUCCUAGGAGUCCCUUGGCCGAUUUCAGAAGCCAGAGGAGGCUGCCUGCUUGUUCUCCAGUUCAGGGCUACUGGUUUUCCACUUCCUCUUCCUCCGCCUCCAUUUGCCCCUGCUGCUGCCAGGUGGUGGCCACAGAUCGGCACAUGUUACCAGUGAGCAAGCAGUGUUUCCUGCUUCACAUGACUGGCAUAAAAUUUGAAGAGGGGGAAAGGGAACUGCCUUUUUCAGACAUCGCCCCAGCUGCAUAGAAAUGUGAAACGCAAUUCGCCUCCGCUUCCUCUUUAUUCUUGAAGCACAGCACCAAUGUUGAAGGAGGCUGGUUUUCCUCCUGUAUUUGAUAUCUGCAGCAUGGCGAUUUGGUUUUGGCUUUAUUUUAAUUUUUUUAAAAAGGAUGAAAGUGGAGACACUCUUUACGUCAGGAAUCGGGAACCUGCGCCCACCCCCCAGAUGUUGUUGGACUCCAGUCUCCAUCAUCUCUGACCGUUGGUUGGGAUGAUGGGAAUUGUAGACCACCUAGAGGGACAGAGGUUCACCACUCCUGCCUUACACUGCAAAUAUAUAUGCGCCAGGAUACUGUAACCGGGUCUUCCGGUUCAUGAUAAGGCAGCUCACCACUGGAAACAAAACAAAAAGUGAUUAACAGUGCAAUUCUAACCAUGUCUGUUAUUAAUUAAUUACUUAAUUAAUUAGGUAGUUAGUUAAUUAGAUUUGUAUACUGCACUAUACCUGUAGAUCUCAGGGCAGUUUGCAACAUAAAAUUACAAUUAAAAAAAAACAGAAAAUGCACAAUAAAAACCAAAACAGCCCAGCAAUCCCUGCUUCCACAACACAUUUUAAAAGAUCAUCAGAUGUCAAUCAGCCUGGCUAAAGAGGAACAGUUUCUCCUGGCACCUAAAGUUGUAUCAUGAAGACACCAGCUGAACUUUUCUGGGGAGAACAGCCCCCAAACAGGAAAGCAAUGCAGAAAAGGCCAGUUCUCAUGAUGUGACCAUGACAAGGGACUGAUGUCAAUGUUGCCCACUGACAGAUCACCCUCUUCCUGCCCAGAUCAGCUUCCUCAUCCAUAAUGGGUGAGGGAGAUCUUAUUCUGAGGCCGACCUGACAUUCAACAACAACAGCAGUCACAGACCUGAGGGCUGGCUGACAGGACAACUGCAAUUUAAAAACAAUACAGCAUUAAAUAUUAAAAACUUCCCUAAACAGGACUGCCUUCAGAUGUCCUUUAAAAAUAGGAUAGCUGCUUAUUUCCUUGACAUCUGAUGGGAGGGCGUUCCACAGGGCGGGCGCCACUACCAAGAAGGCCCUCUGUCUGGUUCCUUGUAACCACACUUCUCACAAUGAGGGAACUGCCGGAAGGCCCUCGGCGCUGGACCUCAGUGUCCGGGCUGAACGAUUGGGGUGGAGACGCUCCUUCAGGUAUACUGGACCAAGGCCGUUUAGGGCUUUCAAGGUCAGCACCAACACUUUGAAUUGUGCUCGGAAACAUACUGGGAGCCAAUGCAGAUCUCUCAGGGCCGGUGUUAUAUGGUCCCGGCGGCCACUCCCAGUCACCAGUCUAGCUGCCGCAUUCUGGAUUAAUUGCAGUUUCCGGGUCACCUUCAAAGGUAGCCCCACAUAGAGUGCAUUGCAGUAGUUCAAGUGGGAGAUAACUAGAGCAUGCACCACUCUGGCGCAUUAGAAGCAUUUUAAAGCAUUCCAAAAAGCUGGGGCCAUAACAGCAACCGAAAGCAGCAUACCCUAACCCAAAGAUCUUCUGGCCGCCUCAGCUUCCAAGGCUGCAGUAAAUCAAUGAAUCUGUAGAGCCACACCUGAAGCCAGGUACAAGAGGCAGGGGGCAGGUCCCACAAGGCCCACAGCCAAUGGUCUUCUGUGCUGGGCAGACACACUCCUUUGAGGCUGUCUCCUCGGAAGUAUGUCCUAUUGAAUUCAAUUGGGCUUUACUCGCAGUAAGCAGGUUUAGGGUUGUGGUACUUUAUCCAGUGACUUCUGAAUCAUGCUGUACAGCUUGCAAACCUCAUUUUUGUGCGGGUUUUAGUAUUCAUAGGAAUCAAAAGGGAUUUAUCUCCUGCUUUUGCAAAAUCGCUGUAGUCCAGCAUUUGCAUAAAACCAGCAAGCGCUGGAUUUCGGGGGUUUUCUCCCACCAAAUAAUACAGGUCGCCAGCAUCUGUUGAUGCUCUGCUUUGACUUUGUAUUGGGUGUGUGUGUGUGUGUUCUGCUAGCCAUAAUGAGAUGCUCUUUAUUCCAAAUGAUGUCUGUUUGCAUCAGUAGCUGCAAGCUAAUCCACGUGGGACGAGGGACGGAUUUGUGUAAUUCUGGUUAAUAAAACGAGAAUACAAUAACUCCAGAAUCCUGUGGUGCAGGAAACUGGAAUUUCCCAAAAAUGUGCUUCUUUUCCUGGCUGUUUUUGUUCUUGUUUCCUUUGGUGUGCUUACAGUAUUUUCUGCAUGUGGAUGCGAGAAAACAUAAUUUAAGCUGUGGUUGCUUAGUUCAGCUAAUCCUCUUGUAAGGCAAGCAGAUCCGUUCUUUUCGAACUGUGAAGAAGCAGCGGAUCCAGGGUGCCAGCUCACUUGCCUAGCUUCUUAUAGGAACACAGAGUCAGACCAUGGAUAAAUCUAGUUCAGUAUUGUCCACACUGACUGACAGCAGCUCUCCAGGGUAUCAGCCAGGAGUUUUUCCCAGCCCUUUCCGGAGACCCCAGGGAUUCAACACGAGACAUUCUGCAGGCAAAAGGUCAUAAAGGUUUUCAUAAACGCCCUAUAGAGUUUGGAGUGAGCAGUGAGGAAGGGGCCAAGUUUGCUGACGGCACUAAAUUGCUCAGGGUCCAAAAAACAAAAAUACCUUUCCAAACUGAAUGAAUAAGUGGUAAAUGCAAUUCAGUGUAAAAAAGUGUAAAGCGGUGCAUGUCAGGACAAACAAAAUCUUAAUUUCACCUAAACGCUCAUGAGCUGGUGGACCAGGAACAAGACCUUGGGGUCAUAAUAGAUGGAUCCAUGAAGAAGUCAGUCCUUGCAGUCUGCAGCAACUUUAAAAAAUAAAUCAAAUUCCAUGCUAGGGAUCAUUGGGGAAAGGAAGUGAAAAUAAAACUGCCAGUAUCAUAAUGCCAUUAUACAGUGGUACCUCGGGUUAAGUACUUAAUACAUUCUGGAGGUGCUUUCUUAACCUGAAACUGUACUUAACCUGAAGCACCACUUUAGCUAAUGGGGCCUCCCACUGCUGCCGCACUGCCGGAGCACGAUUUCUGUUCUCAUCCUGAAUCAAAGUUCUUAACCUGAGGUACUAUUUCUGGGUUAGCGGAGUCUGUAACCUGAAGCGUAUGUAACCUGAAGCGUCUGUAACCUGAGGUACCAGUGUAUAAAUCUGUGGUGUGACUGCAUUUGGAAUACGGCGUACAGUUCUGGUUUCCUCACCUGUGAAAGGAUACUGUAGAGUUGGCAAAGGUUCAGAAAUGAUCAAGGGGGUGAAGUGAUGCCCCUAUGAAGAAAAGCUGCGAGUUUGGGACUUUUUAGUUUAGAGCAGUGUUUCUCAACCUGUGGGUCCCCAGAUGUUGUUGGACUACAACUCCCAUCAUUCCUAGCCAGCAUGACCAGUGGUCAGGGAUGAUGGGAGUUGUAGUCCAACAACAUCUGGGGACCCACAGGUUGAGAACCGCUGGUUUAGAGGGAAGGUGAGGAAAAGGCGAGAGGGUAGAAGUUCAUAAACUUGCGGAUGGCAUGGAGAAAGUGGAUGGAGAAAAGAUUUUCUCCCUCUUAACGCUGGGACUUGUGGACAACAAUGAAGUUGAACGUUGGGAAAUUCAGGCCAGAAAGGACUUCUUCACGUGGUGCAUAGUUAAACUCUGGAACUCUCUGCCCCAGGAGGCAGCGAUGACCACCAAAGUGGAUGGCUUUAAAAGAGGAUUAGACAAAUUUAUGGAGGAGAGGGCUGUCGAUGAGUGUUAAGCACAAUGGCUCUGCUGUGUGUGCUGGUCCCGGGGGGGGGGGGGUUACCGUGCGGCGUAAGGGUAAGGAGGCUGUCCGUCAAGGGCGAAGUGAGGUCCAAAGCGAGGAGCCGGGCAUGGUUAGGAACUCAGGAGAGCAGGUCAGGGUGCCGGCAGGAACAGGUUACCAACGAUGUUGCUCCAGCAACCUGGGACUGGGCGGGCUGGCCUUUAUUUCCUCUGAGGCCAGGGGUGGUCCCGGCCCACAGGUGACCUGCCUCUCCUGGCCUUAAGGCGAGCACUCCUCCUGCAGGAACUUAGUUCCCUCCGCCUCUCUGCCCUGAGCCUCUGCAGCUCAGGAGCGGCUGGAGGGUUACUGGACCCAGAGGCAGCCUCACCUUCCCCUGACAGGGCUGGGAGAGGAGCACCUGCAGGCAAUGGGUCCUCCAGCCCCUCAGGAGCCAGAGCGGAUUCAUCUGGUGUCUGCUCCUGAGGAUCUGGCACAGGUGAGGGCCCUUCAGAUUCAAGCCCUUGCCCUGGCUCAGCCGGCCCUGGAGGCGGGGACUCCUGUGCAGGCUGGGAUUCCUCAGGUUCAGCCUCUGAAUCAGAUUCGCAGGCCAUCACACUGUGCCUCCACAAUCUGAGGCAACAAUGCUCCUGAUUAUCGGUGGCUGUAAACCGCAGGAGGGGGAGAGUCCUCUUGUGCUCAAAUCCAGCUUGUAGGUUCCUCACAGGCAUCCUGUUGACCCUUGUGAGAACAGGAUGCUGGACUAGAUGGGCCAUUGGCCUGAUCAGCGAGCUCUCGUGUUAAAAACGUUUAUUCAUUGUAUCUGAAUUGUAUUUACUCAGCUGAAGCAAGUUAGGUUAAUCGGGUUGCAUCCCCCACUUGGCUAUGAAGCUCUGACCCUACCUCGCAGGGUUGUUAGGUGGACAAAAUAUAGAAGUGGGGGAAAUAACAUUCACCACUCCAAGCACAGGCGGGGAACCUCGGGCUCAGGGGCCGAAUGGGGACCUCCACAUCUCUCUUCUGGCCCUUGGGAUGCUCCCCAGACCACACCUGUCACCAGCCCUGCUUCACACACCCCUUAAGUGUUAUUGCCUUGCUGGAAUGUGUGCUUCAGCUGCGAAAGGGUGUGUGUGUGUGUGUGUGUAUUUGUAGAAACUACCAGGCGAAGGUGGGACGCAGGUGGUGCUGUGGGUUAAACCACAGAGCCUAGGACUUGCCAAUCAGAAGGUUGGCGGUUCGAAUCCCCGCAAUGGGGUGAGCUCCCAUUGCUCGGUCCCUGCUCCUGCCAACCUAGCAGUUCGAAAGCACAUCAAAGUGCAAGUAGAUAAAUAGGUACCGCUCUGGCGGGAAGGUAAACGGCGUUUCCGUGCGCUGCUCUGGUUCGCCAGAAGCGGCUUAGUCAUGCUGGCCACAUGACCCGGAAGCUGUACGCCGGCUCCCUUGGCCAAUAAAGCGAGAUGAGCGCCGCAUCCCCAGAGCCGGUCAUGACUGGACCUAAUGGUCAGGGAUCCCUUUACCUUUACCAGGCAAAGGUAAAAUUUGCAUUAAUUGCCCUGCCCCCUUUCCCCUCUUGCACUGCCCACUACCAGGAUGGGGGCCCCAGAAGGUUUGCGCAGAAGUGCAUGCAGCCCACCGGCUAAAAUAAGGUUCCCCACCCCAAUCUCUGAGGGACGCGGUGGUCUAAACCACAGAGCCUAGGGCUUGCCGAUCAGAAAGUUGGCGGUUCGAAUCCCCGCAACAGAGUGAGCUCCUGUUGCUCAGUCCCUGCUCCUGCCAACCUAGCAGUUCGAAAGCACGUCAAAGUGCAAGUAGAUAAAUAGGUACCGCUCUGGCGGGAAGGUAAACGGCAUUUCCAUGCACUGCUCUGGUUCGCCAUAAGCGGCUUAGUCAUGCUGGCCACAUGACCCGGAAGCUGUACGCCGGCUCCCUCGGCCAAUAAAGCGAGAUGAGCACAGCAACCCCAGAGUCGUCCAUGACUGGACCUAAUGGUCAGGGAUCCCUUUGCCUUUUACCCCUGAUCUAGGAGGAAGGGUGGGAUUUUUUUAAAAAAUGUAAUAAAUGUGAAGCUCCAUAUUGCAUUUCCCCCUCUCUUCCAGGAAUAUUGGAAAGCAACAGGCUGAAGAUCGUGAAGGUCAGGACUAUCAAUCAGACGAUUGGGAAUGCAGUCUAUCAUGCGGCCGAUAUGUCCGUCUGGUGGCAAAUCCCUCAAUACCUUCUGAUUGGGUUCAGCGAGAUAUUUGCAAGCAUUUCGGGUGAGUUUGGGAAGGGGAGGGCGGAAAGGUCUUGCGGCUCUUUCUUGUACGGCCAUUUCAUCCCGUUGACUGAGGAGUCUCCGGCCACGGGGAGAACGCAGACCCCACCCCACCCCUGCCUUCCUCUCUGUGUGGCCCUCAAAACUCUCCCCAGGCCUAGGGUGUGGUUGUUUGUUUGUGAUUGGCAGGAACACAAGUGAACAGCACAAGCAACGCUGACACCAAACCCUACAUACAUUAAGCAUAAUAGAAACAUCGCUACCCCACCCCACCCCCACCCAUCUCCCCCCUUCCACCUCUUUUCUUCCUAAUGUCUCAACAAAUGAAAUGGAUUUGUAAAAAUGUUACGUGGAAAAAGUACGAGAGACAUUACACUUACUUCUGUAAAACAAGAAAAUAAUAAUAAUAAACUCUCCCCAGGCCACAUGCGCUACUCUCUCCCAGCUUCCCACAUCUAAUGUGUUUUCUCUGGCCGGAAACGUGUCUCUCAGCUCUGGGGAACGCCUCUUGCUUAUCCGGACGGGGGAUCGAGAAUGGUGUUCUAGAAACUAGCCUGCUGUGCGAGAUGCAGAGCUCAAAUUUCACGCCCCGCCCACUUUUGCCUGUGGCCCCGCCCACCGCCAACAUGCGGCCCUUGGAACUUUGCUUAGAAAGUAAUGUGGCCCUCGGACUGGAAAAGCUUCCCCACGCCUGAUUUAAAAGCUCUCUCACCUGCCCUGGGCUCUUGCUUCCAUUUCAUACUUUUACGAAGCUGCUUUUAGGGGUGUGCAGAUGGGGGGAAGAAAGCUCAUUCUCGGUGUAUUUGCAGCGUUUUCCACUUGGCAGUUAUUUUAAAAGCAUUUGUGGGAGCGGGGGUUAUUGAGGGGUUUUUUUGUUCUUGUUUUUAUUAUGUAUUUGGUGUUCUCAAUUUUUUUAUGUUGUAAAGAGCCCUGUCAUCUUCGGAUAAAGGGCAGUAUGCAAAUAUAAUAAUAAUAAUAAUAAUAAUAAUAAUAAUAAUAAUAAUAAUAAUACAGUGGUACCUCGGGUUAAGAACUUAAUUCGUUCUGGAGGUCCAUUCUUAACCUGAAACUGAGGUACCACUUUAGCUAAUGGGGCCUCCCGCUGCCACACAAUUUCUGUUCUCAUCCUGAAGCAAAGUUCUUAACCUGAGGUACUAUUUCUGGGUUAGCGGAGUCUGUAACCUGAAGUGUCUGUAACCUGAAGCAUCUGUAACCCGAGGUACCACUGUAAUAAUGUUGAUAACGUUGAAGCCCUGUUUUGUGCCAUGUCGUCAAGGUCCAGGGUCCAAUCCCUGGCCACCCCAGUCAAGUUGUAAGACCUGGGAGGCGAGGGGAUUCUCAUCCUGACAUCUCGGGGGGCUGCCCCUGCCCCAUGGCAGUUGACAGUGCAGAGCUGGAUCCGAACCAAUGGAUUCAAGUUACCGGGGCGGGGGGGGGGGGAGAGGAAAAAGAUCUAGAUUGCCCAUAGGACACAAGUAGCUUUGAUGGUGGGACGAUGGUCUUUGGUGGGCUCCCUUUCCCUAGAGCUGCUUAAGCAGAGGUUGGGUGACCACCUCGCAGGGAUGUUGUAAGAGUUGAUUUCCUGCAUUGGCACAAUGUACAGUGGUACCUCGGGUUACAUAUGCUUCAGGUUACAGACUCCGCUAACCCAGAAAUAGUACCUCGGAUUAAGAACUUUGCUUCAGGAUGAGAACAGAAAUCGUGCUCUGGCGGCACGGCGGCAGCAGGAGGCCCCAUUAGCUAAAGUGGUGCUUCAGGUUAAGAACAGUUUCAGGUUAAGAACGGACCUCCAGAACGAAUUAAGUACUUAACCCGAGGUACCACUGUAUUAGAACUGCUUUUAAGAGGUUUCAUGUCCUGUUGUGUGUCGUCCUGGGCUCCUUUGGAAGGAAGGGAGGAAUAGGGGAGCCUCGUAAGAAGGAGGGGCCGUAGAUCAAUGCUGGAACAUGUGUUUAGUGGUCUAAGACAGGGGUCAGCAAACUUUUUCAGCAGGGCCGUACUAUAUUUUGAAAAAAAAUAUAAAAAAUGGACAAAUUCCUAUGCCCCACAAAUAACCCAGAGAUUCAUUUUAAAUAAAAGCACACGUUCUACUCAUGUAAAAACACACUGAUUCCCGGACCGUCCACAGGCUGGAUUGAGAAGGCGAUGGGGCCAGAUCCAGCCCACGGGCCUUAGGUUGCCUACCCAUGGUCUAAGGGUCAAUCCCUGACAGCCUCAGGUUUGUUUUUGUUUUAAAAAAGAUCAGGUGAUGGCAAAGACUUUUGCUGACUUUGGGAGCCACUGUCAGUUAAUGCAGAUGGCACAAGGCUAGAUGGCUCCAAGGCUGCAGAUGUUGCCAGUGCGUAGCUUGAAAUUCGCUGCUCUAGCCCAAGAGGCAAGUGUCCUUGAGUAUUUCCGUCCCCUGCCGGUUUCAUGUAGUGUCCAGCAGUACAGGCUCCUAUUGAUUUUAUUCUCUUUUCUCUCUUUCCUUCUUUUUCGUGGAAUGCACAAACGGGAGGAGGGAGCGUGGCCGUAAAAUCUCAUUUUCUGGUCUGUUUCACACACAUUCAGGGCUCAUUAGCAAAAGCAAAGCAAGAAAUAGCUCCAGCUUUGUGCCUCCGUUUCACAUGCAUGUUGUUUUGCGUAGACGUCGAAUUUAAUAACUGUUGCUCUCUUUUCUCUGCUCCUCUCUCUUCCUUUUUACUCCCCCUCUACACUCAACACCAGGAUCACCAUGGGCCAAAAACAAAGAAUGCCCCAAAAAAUUGAUAUUCUGUGCCUCGUUUUUAAAGUCCCCCCCCCCCCGAAGUAAAGUUUAGUUGUUAAUCUUGAACAUUUAAGUUUAGUUUGGUCGAUGAAUAAAAACAAUGUCCCUUUGAUUGAGUACAUCUUCACCUUUAAAAUAAGUACAGUCAUACCUUGGGUUGAAUGUGCUUCAGGUUGAGCCCUUUCGGGUUGCACUCCACGGCAACCCGGAAGUAACGGAGCGUGUUACUUCCGGGUUUCGCCGCUUGCGCAUGCGCAGACACUCAAAAUGACGUCAUGCGCAUGCACGGAAGCGGCAAAACGUAACACACGCAUGCGCAGACAUGCCGUCACGUCUUACAUUCUAUUCAGGAUUCGAACGGGGCUCCGGAACGGAUCCCGUUCGCAUCCCGAGGUACCACUGUACCAUAUUGGCCCAAUUAUAAGUCACACUUCUUCCCCGAAUUCUGAUCCGGAAAAGUUACAGUGCGGCUUAUAAUCAAGACCUUAUGGUGUGCUGCUGAAACAGCUUCCCAGGAGGACCAUUGGGGUUGUGGGACAACGGUGCGCCGUGCACCCGUGACUCCCAAGCUUUCCCCGAGCUGUUGGGGGGGGGGAGUUGCGCCACUUUGCCAGCAGGAAUCUCCUCUUCCUCCUUCAUUUUGACAGCUUGGGAGUCGCGGGCGGGCUGCGCGCCAUUGCCCCACGUUCCUGGGAUGCUUCCUGGGGGGAGCUGCACCGCUUUGCCGACAUCAUUCCCCCCUUCCCCGUUCUUUUUGACAGCUCUUGGAAGGCUCCCCCCAUGAAGCAGCCCGGGAGCGUGGGGCAACAGUCCGCCCUCCGCCCUCCGCCCCAAGCCAAGAUAACACCUGAUACAAGGCUGCCUUCGUUAUAUUCAUUAAAAAAACAAACAAACGAAUUUAUUCUUAUGAUACCUUUAUACCCCACCUUUUCCACUGACAGGAUAAAAGCAGAUAAAAGCUUACAGGUAAAAGCAAGAAUUGCUAAAAACUUAAAACAACAAACAGCUAAACAUUGAUAGAAUUAAAACCUUGGCAUCCAUCUCAAUGGAGUACGCCACCGGGGGCGAAGUCAAACCGCUAGCAGCACUGAAGUGACUUCCCAGGGGCACAAGCCUGGGGGGUAUAUCUGGAGGUCCUGGGCUGCCGGGAUGACAAGACCCCCCCCCCUCGGCCUCAUUGACAUUGUCCAAAGGAAAGCAGAGCAAAACGUUUGGCACCAGCUUGGCUGCAGGAGUUGCUGGAAGGAGGCGUACAAGGCGCCAUCCAACUGUCUUGGGGACUCCAGCUAGUCAGAUUAUUGUCUCCCCCACCCCUUGUGAGCCACGUUUGGUAUCAGUGCACUUCUUCACCCCUUGGGGGGGCAGGGAGAACACCACCCCUCAUGGUGUUGUUUUGAGCAGGGCUUUGGAGGGACAGAGCUGCAGAUCUGGCAAUAUAGAUGGCCCCAUCUGCACUAGGCAUUUAGGCUGCAUCGGAGUAAAUCGGGGCUUGGGAACCUUUUUUCAGUCAGAGGGCCAUUUUCCUUACUGGGCGACCUUCCAGGGGCCACACGGCAGCCAUUGGGCAGGGCCAGGGGCAAGAGCAGCUGGAGCAAUUAAUGUAGAAUUAGGCUAACUUCUGUAAACACAUACAGUGGCCAUUGCGGUAUUAAUAAUACAUUUCAAGGCCAGGAGAAUGUCUCCCCACCUACCCAUUUCCCCAAAUGCGGCCAGUGGAAUUGCAUUUUGGCUUCCUUAAAAAUUCUUUGGGUGCCUCAUCUGAAGAAAAGCCACUUUAUUUGCUUCCGUGAGGGAAUGCUGGUAGAAACUUGGAAAAGUUAACUUUUUCUCUCAGUAGUUCUACAGUGAAGCCACUAGGUGGCAGGAUUUUAGAUCCUCUUCACCACAGAAAGAAAAUGUGGAAAAAAACUGUUCUGUCCUCAUGAAUUUCACCCCCUGAUGCUUUGCUUUUUUAUAUUUAUACUUUUUUUAUAUUUCUGCUUACAAAAACUCAAAGAGGCCCUGUUCAAUGUGGUGGGUAUAUUACGCUGCAGAGUUAUACCAGGUGUCUUUUUAAAGUUGUUUCUGGACAAACAUUUGGUUCUGUUUUGUAUCCCAGUUCAGAAAGCGAGAAUUGUCCUUCAAGGGCCUUGCGAUUUGUUCAGGUUAUCCCACAAUUCAUACCAAAAGGGUCAGGUUGACUGGACUAGCCACUGUCUCUCAGCCUAGCCUAACUAAGGGGUUGUUGUGAGGGUGAAAUGAAGGGAAGGAAGAGAAAAAGUAUGCCUGUUUUUUGUUUUUUUUAAACCCAUUAUAAAAUCCAUAAUAAUUAAAAUACAUAAUGGUACCGUUCCAAGAAAAUAUCUAAAAUAUCUGUGAUUAAAAUUUGCAACAAAACAAGCUUGUUAAAAGGCUUAGCAAUUGAACAGUUAAAAGUGUGAUUAAAAUAAGUAAUUGGGUCUUUGGUCGCAAAUUUCAAAGAGACUGGAAUAAAUUUAUUUGGUAUAUGAACAAUUAUUGUAGAAAUGUGAAGACACUAGCGGGACUGAAAUAAAUCCGGCAACCAUAAACUUUAAAACUUUUCAGACCAAAGAGAUAGAGUUGACUACAAGAAUAUUAAGGUCAGAAAUUGAUAAUUUAAAGUGUGAUACAAAGAUCUGAAAAUUAAAAAAAACCAGAGGGACAGAGGGAAGGGACAGAGGGAAGUCACAAGCUCGGCAGAGCAAAGAGUAUAUUUUUUUGUUAUUGCAAGGUUGGAUUUGUUGUGUUAUAAAAGGAAAAACUAAUAAAAAUUAUACGGAAAAUAAAUAAAUAAAAUAUAUAAUUAGGAAGGUCAAGUUCAGAGGAAGCCUUGCCUAAACUGGUGUGUCUUCAAGAGCCGACGAAUGUCAAUACUGAUGGGCCUAUCGUCUUUCAGCCUGGAGGCAUUUUGCAGGGAUGGAAAAGCCCACCUUCAGUGGAAAAGCCCACCUUUGUGUUACCACAAUCUGAGCACCAUCAGGCUGUGAGAAAAACCAACCAGGUUUUGUUUGCUCAUCUUAAUGCCCUUACUCACAGCUGUCCAUGGAGGCGCAGGUCAAUUCUGUAUCCAUGGCAGCUGUCUACCAGCUCCAUCUGGUACGCAGGCUGAGACCCUACCUGCCCGUGGACUGUCUGGCCAGAGUGGUGCAUGCUCUGGUUAUCUCCCGCUUGGACUACUGUAAUGCACUCUACGUGGGGCUACCUUUGAAGGUGACCCGGAAACUGCAAUUAAUCCAGAAUGCGUCAGCUAGACUGGUGACUGGGAGUGGCCGCCGGGACCAUAUAACACCAGUCUUGAAGACCUACAUUGGCUCCCAGUACGUUUCCGAGCACAAUUCAAAGUGUUGGUGUUCACCUUUAAAGCCCUAAACGGCCUCGGCCCAGUAUAUCUGAAGGAGCAUCUCCACCCCCAUCGUUCAGCCCGGGCACUGAGGUCCAGUGCUGUGGGCUUUCUGGUGGUUCCCUUGCUGCAAGAAGCCAAGUUACCGGGAACCAGGCAGAGGGCCUUCUCGGUAGUGGCGCCCGCCCUGUGGAACACCCUCCCAUCAGAUGUCAAAGAGAUAAACAACUACCUGACAUUUAGAAGAUACCUGAAGGCAGCCCUGUUCAGGGAAGUUUUUAAUAUGUGACAUUUAAAUAUAUUUUUAAUCUUUGUUGGGAGCCGCCCAGAGUGGCUGGGGAGACCCAGCCAGAUGGGCGGGGUACAAAUAAUAAAUUAUUAUUAUUACUGGGCGGUGAAUACGAACCGCAGUGGCGAUGCAGUGCUGGAGACAGUAAACCGGUGGAUACCGGUUGCUGAGAAUCGCAAGUGGAAAUGGCGCUGUUGCUUAGGCAGCUGGUUUUCCACUGUGCCAUUCACAACAGACCUCUUGCUAUUUCCUGACUGCCCUCUGCACCCGAUGAGCCACAAUAAAUGGGAAGAACCAGAUCUCAAGCUUGCCAUCGCAAGGCUCUAAAACUGGCAUUCAGCACUGCACGAAGAGUUCACAGGGAGCAUGUGGCCCCAUCUGUUCCCAUGGUACACCUUCCCAUCUUCAAUGCUGGAUCAUCUUUAUAUGUGAGACGAUGUAGAUGUUGCACGGCCUUCCUUUAUUUAGAUCUGGGCGCAACAACUUCCUCUCCAAUGCAACUGGCAUUCAGAGGCAUACUGCCUCCCACGGCAGAAGCAGAAGACAGCGAUUGAGGCUAGUGGCCACCGAUAGCCUUAUGCUCCAUGACUUUGUCUAAAUCCCUUUUAAAGCUGGUCUCUCUCUGAACCAUCCCCUCAGCUUACUACACUGUUAAGUGAUUGCUGAUCCACUGCUAUUUGAAGUACCUGUAGGGGCAACCUAUUUCUGACGAAGAAUCAUUAUUGAAACAGUUCGUUAUCCGGGGAAACUGGUCUGCACUUGGAGCCCUCAUCACCGCACUUCGGCAGGAUUUUGACUAUUGAAAGACAAUUUGCCUUCAUCUCAGCAUGUUUUGAUACUGACUGAUCCCACUUUCUGAUUCUGUGCAUGGAACAUUUAUUUGACUCUGAUUACCUGUGACUUUAUGCAAGGAUGACAUAUUUUCUGCUUAUGAAGUGUGAAACAAUAUAAUGUUAAUCCUAUUUUGUUAGAUCAUUAUCAGCUGCGUGUUGCUUGUGGUUGUUUAGAGUUUUCUGAUUUUGCAACACAGGGAAUUUCCUGGCCGUACUGAGCCAAACGGUAACAAUGGUCUGACUGUAUAAGGCAGUUUCCUAUGUUGUUGGUCGUGGACCUUGAGGUUCUGUUAAAGAAGCACAUAGAAUCAAAUACAGUGGGCGCUCAGGUUGUGAACGUGAUCCGUGCGGGUUACUUCCAGGUUUUGGGGGUCACGCAUGCGUGGGUUGCAAUUCAGCACUUCUGCGCAUGCGCAAAGCGCAAUUUAGCGCAUCUGCACAUGUGUGACCCCCGAAACUCUGAAGUAACCCAUUCUGGUACCUCCGGGUUUUGGCGGUCCGUAACCUGAAAGUAGGGACGCGGGUGGCGCUGUGGGUAAAACCUCAGCGCCUAGGACUUGCCGAUCGUAUGGUCGGCGGUUCGAAUCCCCGCGGCGGGGUGAGCUCCCGUCGUUCGGUCCCAGCUCCUGCCCACCUAGCAGUUCGAAAGCACUCUUAAGUGCAAGUAGAUAAAUAGGUACCGCUUUAUAGCGGGAAGGUAAACGGCGUUUCCGUGCGCUGCGCUGGUGCUGGUUUGCCAGAGCAGCUUCGUCACGCUGGCCACGUGACCCGGAAGUGUCUCCAGACAGCGCUGGCCCCCGGCCUCUUAAGUGAGAUGGGCGCACAACCCUAGAGUCGGACACGACUGGCCCGUACGGGCAGGGGUACCUUUUACCUUUAACCUGAAAAAACACAACCUGAAGUGGCUGUAACCCGAGGUAUGACUGUAACUAUUAAACUCGAAAUGACCCCCUGCGGUCAUCUUGUCCAAUUCCCUGAAAUGCAAGAAUCGCAGCUAAAGAAUCACCGGCGUAUGGUCAUCCCACCUCUGUAUAAAAACCUCAAACAAAGGAGAGUUCCCCUUCGGAGGGAGCCCGUCCCACUGUCAAACAGCUCUUAGAAUCAGAAACUUCUCCCUGAUGCCGACCCCAGAAAUAUAAAGCUUGGUCCACCUUUUUGCAGGGUGGAUUUUAAAAGUAGGCACCGAUGCUUCUGAAUUCUGCUUGGAAAACUGUCUGGCGGUCAGCGUAGUUAUUUUAAGUUUUCUUCCAGCAUGCAACAUGCUUCCGCUUUCGAAUCCCCUGCAGCCCGAGUGUUGGGAUAAAACACAAGAGUUUGUGUUUGAACUGGAGUCUCCCUGCCGCUCUUAAUUGCUUUUUGACAUUUGUCCACCCCUCUUCCAGUUGCUCUGCAAAGCUUUUGUUUCAAUCUUCUGGUGGUUAUCUGAGCUAAAAGGCAAAUAAUGAGAAGCUCAGCACCUCAGAGAUGGGAGUCAGAUAUUCUGGGAGAGAGGCAGAUUGUCGAACGCUUUGGUUGGAUAUUCUGGGAGAGUGGCGGAGUGCUGAAUGUUUUGGUGGGGCUCUCCAUUGCGCUGUUCCGUUAAGCCCUUCAAUUUGCAUAAUAAGUUGAAUUGCAGCAAUUAUGACACAUUCCUUGCUUUGAAACGCACGUGUCCUUUCCUUUGCACAAAGAGCCCAGAUUUCAUACGAAGUAGAAACCAGGCUCUGUUUAUAGCAGUCUUUUAUCCAGCAAUACGAGCUCAACUUCAGAGGCUUUUAGAAAUGCAGGCAUCGCCUUUUGUCUGCAAUCCUGUUUGCAAAGUCAGAGGCACCUGGAUAAUCUUGCUGCAGUUGCAGAGCAGUGAUGGGGAAUCUGCGUCCUUCCAAGAUGCCAUUGGACUCCCAGCUUCUCCAGCAAGCAUGCCCAGUUGUCAGAAACAAUGGCAUGAGCCUCCCCUGAAAAAAACCCCAAAGUUGAACAAAAGUUGGGGUUCAGGGCUGACGUAAGGUCAGGCUGAUGUUUUAAAAGCCUCUAUGGAGGGCUGUGCACUCUGCAUAUUAUUAGGAGCAUUCCUUCAUGCAAAGGAAGCGACAUUGAUGCACAGAGCCCGAGCUGUAAGUGUGUAUAAUCGAAGCAAUUUCUACAUGGCAGUUAAGGCAGUUGCCUUAACUUAUCCCUUCCAUGCUUUUGGCACAUGAGUAAAUAUGUGAAGUUUAAACACUUAAACCAAAGGGUUUUGGUCCUUAAGUUUUACAUUCUAUAGCAUAGUGUUUAACAUGCUUCACAGCAGCAAUCUAGUUCUUUACAACUGGCCUGCAAAGGUAGGUCAUUAACACACCCAUUGUAUUGGCAAGGAUGUUAAGGCUGACACCUCUCACCCAAAGGGAGGGUUGCUGCAAUGUGUUACGCAUGAUUCUCGGGUGGCGCUGUGGUCUAAACCACUGAGCUUCUUGGGCUUGCGGAUCAGAAGGUCGGCAUGACGGAGUGAGCUCCCGUUGCUCUGUCCCAGCUCUUUCCAACCUAGCAGUUUGAAAGCAUGCCAGUGCAAGUAGAUAAAUAGGUACCGCUCUGGCGGGAAAGUAAAUGGCGUUUCCAUACACUCUGGUUUCCGUCAUGGUGUCCCGUUGCGCCAGAAGUGGUUUAGUCCUGCUGGCCACAUGACCCAGAAAGCUGUCUGUGGACAAACGCCGGCUCUCUCGGCCUGAAAGCGAGAUGAGCGCCACAAUUCAUAGUCUCCUUUGACUGGACUUAACCGUCCAGGGGUCCUUUACCUUUACCUUACACAUGGGGCUUCCCUUGAAGGCAACCCAGAAGCUUCAAUGACUGCAGAACAUGCAGUACCUAUUUAUCUACUUGCACUUUGACAUGCUUUCGAACUGCUAGGUUGGCAGGAGCAGGGACCGAGCAAUGGGAGCCCUGAUGUUGUCACAUCACAUGAUGACAGUAGGAGCAGCUCAGCAUCCAAUGGAUCCUUUUCACAAUGGGGUUUCCACUAGCUGCAGCUGGCAGGGACGCCACCGGUGGCACUCCUGCCCACCUGUGGAAGAGGGAGCACACCCCAUCACUCUGCUGGCAGGUGGUCCUUACACAGCCACCUAAUCCAGGCGCCUCCAGCCCAAUUCAAAGCAGGGUUGGAUUUUUCUCAUAGCAUGGCUCUGGGUCCUCCUCCUCUCUCCUACGGAGCACCCUGUUGCAACAGCUUUAAUAAAUAUCAGGCUUACUAGCUGUUUUGCUUCUCAAUAUUCUCUGUUUGGUCUCUGUUAUUUUCUCCUACCGAUAGAGAACCUACAAAAGGACUCUAUAGGGGCUCUUGAGUACCCCAUAAGGGAAAAGGAGCAGUUUUAUUACUUAUAUCACCUGCUGUAUAUUUUCAGCUGCUGCCUUCAUGGUACAGUGGUACCUCCGGUUGCGAUCUGUUCCAGAGGUCCGGUUGCAUUCCGAGGAAUUUGCAACCAGAGGACCGCUUCUGCGCAUGCGUGCGGUGUGGUUUAGUGCUUCUGCGCAUGUGCACAGCACGUAGAGUGCUUCUGCGCAUGCGCCUGCGGCAAAAACCGAAAAAAUACUUCCGUGUUUGCCGCGUUCGCAUCCUGAAGUUUACGUAUCCAGAGGGAUACGUAAGUGGAGGUAUGACUGUAUUGCUAAUGUUGUGGUUGUAUUGCGCAUUUCAGCCUUUUAAACAACUGAUGGUAAAUCAGUUGUGGGGAACCUUUGACUUUUCAGAUGCUUACUGAACUACAACUCCAGUCCCCCCUGGUUGUUGGCCAUGCUUGCUGGGGCUGAUACAAAUAAACCUGUAAUUAUAUCUCUCGCUCACUGUCUUAGAAUGUGCCAUAAACGUUACAAAUAAUGUGUGAUGAAUAAUAACUGUGAGUCCACAGGUUUUGAGCCCGUGUCUUCAUGGCCUUUAUACUCGUGAAGAAAUGUUGCCCAAAAUAAUGGAUAGAAUUUGCCUUCAUGCCUCUCCCCCUUUGUUCUUUUGUUCCAGGUCUGGAAUUUGCAUAUUCUGCUGCGCCCAAAUCUAUGCAGAGUGCUAUUAUGGGUCUCUUUUUCUUUUUUUCCGGAGUUGGGUCUUUUGUUGGAUCAGGGCUUCUGGCUUUGGUGUCUAUUACAGCGAUUGGCUGGAUGAGUAAUCACACAGAUUUGGGUAAGUUAUUUAUGUGUUUGUUUGUUUGUUUGUUUUUGUUCCAGCAUGUUAGGAGAAAAAGAAAGCAGAGUGCUUAUUCCGAAAGCUGCCGCAUGCUGUUAAUUUAAAAAACUUUCCUAUCUUAGGCACGGCUGUUUUUUCUAAGCUGCAAUUUUCACUGGCAACCUUCGCCAGAGGAGGCAUUUUAAAAGCUGAGCAACGAUUACACAGAAAUUCCGAAACGACCCUGUAAUAAUUCCACACACACCCCCACCCCCGUAUAACAAUCCUGGUUUGUUCUUUACUACCUGUUAGAGGCUGUUCUGGAGAAAUUGUUCGCUGAGCAAAGCAGUUGACACUGGGGUGCUCCUUUUUUUGGUGCCCUUUGGUGAGCAAACUAGCUGGUUAUAGACCAACCAAGGGAUUGUAACUACUAUCUUCUGGUUGCAGAUCCCUCCUUCCUUCCUGGGGAAAGGCGACAGAGGGUUGUGGGGGAAUAGCUUCAGAUAUUGCCAGAUGAGACGGACUAUCUGAAUCCGUGCUAGCCUGGGUUCAGGCCUGCUUGGGGGCCAAAUCACCCUCGGUCAUUCUGUAAGAUAUUUAUUAAAGUUUCAAAAGUAAAAAAAAAAAAGUUACAAUAAUGAUAAUAAGGGGGGGGAAAAGGGAAAAAAAGAAUAAAACAGAAGAAAGAGAAUACAAAAUACAAAAAAGUAAAAACAAUUAAAAAACAAAUCAAUCUUUCCAUAUCUUGUCUUUCAUUUACUUGUUUCCCUGACCUCCUCACACCUCCCCUUUUUGUAUUCCAGAUCAGUAAGUUAAUUCAGCAAAUCCUUUCCUUCUUUGUUUUUAUCUUAGUCCUUUGUCUUAAUAUGUAAUAACUGUAUAUUCUCAUCUGUUAGCAGUCCAUUUUUACAUACUCCUUAUAACAUUGCUACUAAAAACCCCUUAGCUUCAUUCUGACAUCAUUCUAACAUUCAUUAAUUUUACAGUAUUUCUGUAAAUAGUCUUUAAAUUUCUUCUAAUCUUCUUCCACCAACUCUUCUCCCUGGUCUCGGAUUCUGCCAGUCAUUUCCGCCAGUUCCAUAUAGUCCAUCACCUUCAUCUGCCAUUCUUCCAGGGUGGGUAGAUCUUGUGUCUUCCAAUACUUUGCAAUAAGUAUUCUUGCUGCUGUUGUGGCAUACAUAAAGAAAAUUCUAUCCUUCUUUGGCACCAAUUGGCCGACUAUGCCCAGGAGAAAGGCCUCUGGUUUCUUCAGGAAGGUAUAUUUGAAUACCUUUUUCAUUUCAUUAUAGAUCAUCUCCCAGAAAGCCUUAAUCCUUGGGCACGUCCACCAAAGGUGAAAGAAUGUACCUUCAGUUUCUUUACAUUUCCAACAUUUAUUAUCGGGCAAAUGAUAGAUUUUUGCAAGCUUGACUGGUGUCAUGUACCACCUGUAUAUCAUUUUCAUAAUAUUCUCUCUUAAGGCAUUACAUGCCGUGAACUUCAUACCUGUGGUCCAUAACUGUUCCCAGUCAGCCAUCAUAAUGUUAUGUCCAACAUCUUGUGCCCAUUUAAUCAUAACAGAUUUUACUGUUUCAUCUUGAGUAUUCCAUUUCAACAGCAAGUUAUACAUUCUUGACAAAUUCUUAACUUUAGGAUCUAACAGUUCUGUUUCCAGUUUUGAUUUUUCCACCUGGAAGCCAAUUUUCUUGUCCAAAUUGUAUGCCUCCAUUAUUUGAUAAUAAUGAAGCCAAUCUCGCACUUUAUUUUUAGUUUUUCAAAGCUCUGCAAUUUCAAUUUAUCUCCUCUUGUUCCAAAAUUUCCCAAUAUUUCGGCCAUUUGGCCUCCAUAUUGAGCUUUUUCUGAGCCUUCGCUUCCAUCGGUGACAACCACCUUGGGGUUUUAUUUUCAAGUAGGUCCUUAUAUCUUAUCCAGACAUUAAGCAAUGCUUUCCUGACAAUAUGAUUUUUAAAUGCUUUAUGUGCUUUGACCUUAUCAUACCACAAAUAUGCAUGCCACCCAAAUACAUUGUUAAAACUUUCUAAAUCCAAAAUGUCUGUGUUUUCAAGAAGCAUCCAUUCUCUCAGCCAGCAAAAUGCGGCUGAUUCGUAAUAAAGUUUAAGGUCUGGCAGGGCAAAUCCACCUCUUUCUUUUGCAUCCAUUAGUAUUUUGAAUUUUAUUCUGGGCUUCUUGGGGGGAAGCAAGACACCCUCGGUCAUUCUGAUGGAUGAACUUAUUAUUAUUAUUUAAUUUAUACAUACAUACAUACCCCGCCCAAACGGCCGGGUUUCCCCAGCCACUCUGGGCAGCUCCCAACAGAAUAUCCCAGAAGCUAUCCCAGAAGCCAGAACAGUGAGAGGGAUUGCUGCGCAGUGCUCCCUCUCGCUGUUCUAGCUUCUGGCUUAGCCACGCACAGGCUUUUCAGGGCAGCACCAUCGGUGCGCACCGAUCCCUCUUGCUCUUCUGGCUUCAGGGACAGCCACGCAAAGCCUCUUGAGCGCAGCGGGGGCGCUCCUGCCUCUUCACUCAAGAGGCUUUGUGUUGCAUUCUUGUUUCUUGUUUUCCUCCUCUAAAAACUAGGUGCGCCUUAUGGUUGGGUGCAUCUUAUAGAGCGAAAAAUACGGUAUUCAAAAUCCAACCCAAACUGUCUAGCUUAAUGAAUUCAACAAAAUGGGUGAACGUGAUCCAUUGAUGCCGGCUUUUCAAAAUCUGAUAGUCACUGGCAUCUCCAGCAGCACCCCCAGGUAAUCCCCCCCCCCCAGGUAAUCCCACCGCCCCCUCCCCCCAAGGGAGCAGCACCAUCCACUUUGAGGACCGCUGUGUUGCGACAUUGGUGGAGCUGCUCUGAGGGAUAGAGAAGGGGGAAAAGCCUCAUAGAGGGCUCAGAGCCAGGAGGGCUAACCCAGGCAGAAUCAUUUCCCCCAGCUGAUUGAUCCAAUUUCCUCCCCACGCCCCAGCAGCACAGUGUUAACUGUGUUGGCUCAAAUCAUUGUGUUUCUUUAGCUCCCCCUCACCACUUAAUUUACCCACAAACACUCAAGUGCCAACCUAGCCCCCAUGAAACAAUUAAAUUAUUUCUGGAGUUUAAGAAAUGGAGAUUUUCAUGGCGUUAACAUCCUGACCUGUAAAAGGGAAACUGCUACUUUUAAAAGGCUCUUCCUCUUCGGAUGAACUGCAUUGUUGUUUUUUCAUGUCAAGUGCAAAGCCCCUUUGGGCUCUUACUAGAGCUUGCAAUUAUAAAUCCAUUUAAUUGAAUCUUACGUUUUACGUAAUUAAAGUAAUUUCAACUCGACAUGUAUGCACAAACAAGGAUUGAUGAGUACAGAAUUUUUUCUGAUGCCCCACCACCCUGGUCCCUGCCCAGUUCUAAGUAAUAACUAUAAUGAACCAGUUGGGUAGUCCUCCUGAGGUCUAUUGGACUCUGUCCAUGUUGAGCCGUGUGUGGACAUGCAACAUUAGCAAACAAAGUUUCCUUAACAGAAGCGUAAUUUUCAACCAAUGAGCUUUCCUAAUUUAGGAAACUAAACCCUAGUUUUGAAGGAAAGCUGAGUGCAAGCCCUGUGCGGGUGAACUGAAGUGUCUUAAUUGAAGAGCAAGAUCUCAGGAAAGUUUUCACACGGUUCCAAGAAAAGGAAACUGCUAGAUGGCUCCAGUAUGAUUAAAAAACACAGUUUCCUAUUGAGGUACAGCUUCUGUAGAAAGAAAAUACUUUAGCCCAUGGGCUGCUCUCUAGAGAAUCAAGCAGCUCCCAAGAAUACAGGCAACCCGCGUCAUCCACAGGGGUUCGGUUCCAGGGAUUAUGCGCAUGUAUGAAAAUUGUGUAUAGCUAAAAUUGCCUUUUCCUUGGCUGGCAAGGAGUGGGGGAGCCCUGCAGGGAGGCCUCCUCAUGUCUCCACGACUUCCCUUUCUCCACGUGAGUGACCGAAGACCGGCCACCUUUGCAGCUCUCACCUAUUCAUCCCUCUACCCUGCAUAGGUGGAAAUGGGGAGCGUGCCUAGUCUGCAUGGGGGGGGGGGAGAGAGAGCCGUCCCACAGCUAGCCAUCCCACUUUCUAUAAGGUGGCCAAGGAGGGGAAGGGCCAGAGGUAUGGGGAAGCUUUAGGCCCCAAGUGGACCUGGAGCAUAGAGCCUUGUGAGAUCAUUGUGGGUUCAAAAUCUUGCAUCACCACCACUCCCAGAGCUGUUCGCCUUGCAGGCUUGCCAGGCAGGACUUUGCCUGGUCAGGUGUAGUUUUUGGACUGACGGAAAGGAGGAGGAGGGAAGCAAACAGAGAAGGCAGAGAGAGAUGCAGGCAGAAGAAAAAGGCUGGGAUAGAGCGGCAGCGGAGCGCAUAUGCUUGGAAUCGUGGGUGUUAAAUGCACAUAAGACAGAGGUCGGCAACCUAAGGUCCGCAGGCCAGUUCCAGCCCGAAUGGGUUCUGGAUCCAGCUCGCAGAUGGUCCAGAAAUCACCGCAUGGUUCUGAUUCAUAUCGUUCAGGCUGCACCAUUUUUUCUCCGGAAAUCGCGUCUGCACAUGCCCAGACGCCGGAAAUCGCUUCUGUGCAGGCGUGAUUUCCGGCAUCUGGGCAUGCGCACAAGCGAUUUCCGGCGCCACGGACAUGCACAGACGCAAUUUCUGGUGUCGCGCUGCGCCGGUCCGGCCCGCUGAUGAUCUCCACAGGAGUGAUCCGGCCCAUGCCUGGUAAGCCUUGCCAGCCUCUGACAUGAGAUGUGAGUUGUCCGCAGGAAAACCGGCCAACCUCACGGUGAAGCUAGCAUUAGUGUUUCUCUUUUGGCAAAAUGUUUCUGUGUUCCAGUUAACACUGGCUUAAAUCCUGGUUUACAUGGAAUGGCAUUACUUCGUGUAAUGGCAUGAACUUACCUUGUCUCUCUCUCUCUCUCUUCCCCCCAGGUAACAUUAAUGGGUGCCAUUUAAACUAUUACUUUUUUCUGCUGGUUGCUAUUCAAGGAGCAACCCUCCUCCUUUUCCUUAUUGUGUCUGUCAGAUACGACCGCCAAAGAUCCCGGACUAACGGACCUCCCGCCAGUGUGCGGACCUGACAUCUGCAAGGAAAGAGCAGCUUUUAUGACCGACGUUUGACAUCAGAUGAACCAUCCAUCUCAGAGGUCUUAAAUGCUAAUACAGUGGCCGUUGGUCGCCAGGAAACAUUUUCUUUAAACUUGCAUGUUAACAUUGCAUUCUUGCCUCAGCCCUCUUUCUUCCUCCCCCUGUAAAAGUAGGUAAGUGCCUUAUGUUAGCAAGAUGGCCUUGUCUUGCCCAGUGCCCAGAGACAUGGCGCAAGCUCAAUUUUUCAAGUGUGUUACCCUUGGGCACAGAAGAUGCACAGAAGAUGCAGCGAACUUAUUCGAAGCUGUUUCCUUCAGUCUGUUGAAGCUGGGGAUGAUUAGCCUUUGGAUACAGAAGCGAUGAAUGACUGCCUACUAAGGAGACGUUUAAUUUCUUUGAAGAAUGACUUUGAAGGAAAUGAGCAAAAGAAGGUUGCUUGCCAUUUCCCCUUGCUUAUCCAUUUCCCCAGAAAUAAUGUUCUCCUUUCUUGAAACGGAAGUGUCGGUGUGGAUGGGGUUGAGAAGUCUCUGUUGUUGGUGUUGGUUAUAUGAGAAUGAAGUGUGGAAUUUUUUUAUUCCUGUGUUGUCCAAAAAGGGAAGCGACUUCAACCUACGUGGUAUUUUCCGCGUCAAAAGUUAUGAAACUACUGUAAUGAACAGGCCUCGCUGUGCAACAUGGUGGUCCUUCUGUUGCUGUCUCAUUUCUAUCUGUUAAAUCAUUUCGUGGCAGGAAACUGAGCUGGUAUCAGAGUCUUUCCUUUUCCUUCCUUUCUUUUCUGUUGCCUCACGCCUUGAGAAUUUAUCCUUUCUUAGGUAGGAGUUGAAAUGUACUCAAGCGUUUGGGAUAUAUUGUGUGCUGUGAAUAAGCAAAUCUGUUGCUGUUCCCUCAAUUGUAGGUCACUUUCCCAUUUAAAAGCUGAUGGCGCGGAUGGGAGUAAAAACUAAAAGUAUUUGAAAGUGUAAUUUGAGCUAGGUUGGAUGGACAUUCUGAAGGGCACAGCCAAUUUCUGGUGGAGGCCCAAGAUGGAUGGAAGUUGUUUGUGGUGGGACCUUGGCAAUCUGUGUGCCAAAACAAGGCCCAAGAAUCUACAUUGACUGCUAGCCAAACUGGUUCUCCAUUAAAACCCCAUCUUGUGGAGGACAAGGCUAUUGUAUAUAAAUCAGGAAGAGGGAACAUUUGACCCUCCUGAAGUUGGACCCCCAGCUUCCAUCAGCUUCAGCCAGCUUGAGCAGUGGUCAGGGAUGAUAGGAGAUGUAGCCCCAAACAAUCUGAAGGGCCACAGUUCUUCACCCCUGACAUAAAUCUGCCUUGAGCUUCUCAGCAGAGGGGUGUGCCAUUAGAAACAGUUGGGUUUCCUCAGUCAUUUUCCUAGCCUUCUUAAUUAACCUAAUGAAAGGAAGAGCCUUUAUUUCAUCUCGCAUGUACCUUGCUCAAAUGUUCUCUAUUUCUCACAGGGCCUAAUUUUCAGCCACAUAAAAAGCAGUAUUUUGCACAGCAGUUGCGGAGUUCUGGCAAGUGGGAGUCAACUUCACCUAAUAACAAAUGGUUUUUCAACUUUUUUAAAUUUUUGGUGAGGAGGUGAUUAAUUUUUAAGAGUAUUCAAACAUUGGAAUGGAAAAGGCGCCUUUGGUUUUCUAUAAUUCAAGUACCUUCAUUUGGAAAUGUUUACAAAAGCCCAUGUGCGGGGAACCUGUGUUCUAGGGUGAAUAAAAAAAUAUGCUGCAGGUAUUCUGUUCUCUGUAGUCUUUGAUGCUCCCCCUUCUGCAGUUGAACACCAAGAAAGUGCAUCGUGGCUUUACAAGUUUGCUGAGAUCUAUAAAGACAAAAGAAGACAAUCUGUUGGAUCAGACCAAAAGGACAAUGUUGCUGGACUUGUUCAGAACUGCCUGGCAUGAUUCCCGAGAAAAACGAGGCCUAAAGCAGCAAUAAUCCAGGUUCUAUAUCAGGUUUCCUCAACCUCGGCCCUCCAGAUGUUUUGAGAGUAUAAUUCCCAUCAUCCCUGACUACUGGUCCUGAUAGCUAGGGAUGAUGGGAGUUAUAGGCCAAAAACAUCUGGAGGGCCAUGGCUGAGGAAGCCUGUUCUAUAUGUUAACACUUUAUAAUUCCUGAACAGGGUUGGGGAAUUCUUUUCAACCUGAGGGUCAUGUUUCCUUUUGGGAAGGUUUCCAAGGGCCAUACGGCAGUGGCGGGUGAGGCCAGAGGCAACAAACCUAGAUUUUACAGGGAGGCCAGGAUGAAGCACAAGUCCUGGGGACAGAAACCCUCAUGUAAAAUGGGUGAUGGGGAACGUGACUGCUAUUAUAGGUGUGGGAUUGGAUACAUUUCUCCCUGUAUUCACACAGCAGAGGUUGUAAUCCCCAUCACUAAUCCCAGGUCCCUGUCUCUAAUCCCAGGUUCCUAUUUCUAAUCCUAAAUUAUUUCUAAUCCUAGGUCCUUCUCUCUAAUCCCCAAAUGCCUAUCUCUAAUCCCCAACCCCUAGCUCCAAUCCUAGGUUCCUAGUUCUGCUCCCAGAUUCCUAGCUGUAAUCCACAUCACUAAUCCCAGGCCUUUAGCUCUAAUCCCAGGUUCCUGGUUCUAAUCAUAAAUCUCCGUCUCUAACCACAGGCCCUUGUCCAACCCACAGACGAUCCCUGCCUGCACUCUCUCAGGUAGCCCCUAUCUGACUGCUAGCAUGUCAUCGGUAUCCAAAUUAAAUUUCCCCUCCCCUCUUCUCAUGGGCUCACCAGCUCCCCCUGAAGAAAAGAGUAUAUUGCCACUCUGAAGAUCCUCUGGGAGUUGGGAGGCGGCGUAUAAACAAAGAGCAAAGCUUUAAUAGAUGCAGCACACUCCUCGACAUGAACAUUUUAGUUCCUCGUUUUUGUCGCCAGGGUCAAAGCUUGUCUGAAUACCCCAGAGAGACGACGGUGGAUACAAUCAAUUGCAUAAUUUCACUCUUUUUUAAUACGGAGGGACUUGGCAGAGGCCCAAUCUCUAGUAAUUAUGUCCAUUUAUGAAGAUUAAUUUGGCACUUAUCAAAAGGAGACAGUCCCUUUCAUUCAAAGGUUUACGAGGUUGCUUUCCACCAGUGUGUGUGUGUUUGUGUGUGUGUUUUCCAUUUCCCAUUCCUCUUCUAGAGAAGACUAAUCAAUUAAGUUUAUGGCUAAUUAAAGAAAUACCUUGCCAUGCAUCAUUUAAGAGUUAUGGUUGAUUUGGCUUUUUUCAGAUUGAUUUAAUGUAGCAGAAACAUCUCUCACAUUAAAGGAUGUUUUGUGAGAUGCUAACCAGGGCAGGGGUUUGUAAAGUAAUAAUUUAAGCUGCAGUCUUAGAAGUAAGUCUAUACAAAAAAAAGGAGGGGGGAAUCAUUUUAUUUAUUGCCAGUUAUAGACUGCCUUUCUGCCAAGGCAGUUUACCAUUUUAAAAUAUUGACACCGACAAACGGCAGAAAAUAUUCUCUGGCCUAUUUACAGAGCUGAUGGAACAGGCUUCCUGGACUGGGAAGGGCUGGCGCUCAGUUCUAGAACAUCUGCUUUGUAUGCAGAAGGUACCAGGUUCCGUUUCUGUCAUCUCCACAUAGGAAUCUCCCCUGCCUGGAAUUUGGGAGAGGCUGCCAGUCAGUGUGAGUGAGCAGCAGUGAGCUAGGUGGACCAGUGGUUUUGCUCCUGCUCCAGAGGUUAGGACCUAAACCACUGGAUUCAAGUUACAAGGAAGGAGAUUCUGAAUAGUAAGAAUAUCAUAUAGUAAAAGGCCAGAGGCAUUCCUUUUUGGAAUUUUAAAUGAUGGUAUUCCAAAAGACAAAACAAUUUUUUUCUUAUAGGCGAUGUCUGCAGCAAGAAUCCUGGUGGCUACGUAUUGGAAAGGGAAUCAGUUACCCACUAGGGGAGAGUGGUUAUGUAAGCUUUCAGAAUUAGCCAAAUUGACAGAUAUAAUAAGACAGAAACCAAAAAGUGAAGUAAAAAAAAGAAUGGGAGUGUCUAAAUGAAUACCUUAAAAGCCAAGGUUCAAGGACAGAAAUCUGGCUGAGUCUGGAAUAACCUUGUGAAGUGAAAGGAUAAGAAAGAGGGAUUUAUAUCUAGAUGCUAGGAUAGAGAUGAUAAGGAAAACAGGAAGACACAAUGAGAGAUAAAGAAGGUGCUGUGAGAUUGGUGGAAGUCAAUGUUUUUCUUUUUAGUGUUUAGUGUUUCUUUUUAGUAUUAUUAACUUCUAAGAUAUGGAUUUGUUUUGUUUUUCGGAUGUGGAUUUUUGUGUUUCGUAUAUAUUUUUUCGAUAUUUUUCGUGUUGUGUGGAAAAUACUAAUAAAAUUUAU